AUUCUAAUCGUCCUUCAUAAGAGCCGGUGACCCUGAGGAGUUGCCGGGCAACUUGCUGCCAUCCGGCAUGCUACGGCGUCGGCGGAUGACGCAUCGACGAAAAGAAUACCAAAUGAACGUGAGUGCUACGAAAGAAACUGCGAUACUCCGUUACAUUACAGUGUACAUAUAUAUAUGUAUAUAUUUAUAUGUAAUACUUGUGGUCGUGAUGAUGAUGAUGAUGAUGAUGAUGAUGAUGGCAGAGUAUAGAGUAUAGUGUGGUCUCAGUACACUGGCCACAAGACUGAAAAUAAAAAACCAUCAGGGUGUUAUGAUAUAGAUCGACUUUUGCCUCCACCCUCUGGUUUUUGUCACGAAAAGUUAUGAAAAGAAUAAAAAAAUGAUAAUCCAGUGGAGUUUUAUUAUUCGGAUGGAAUCAGCAGAGAGGGUGUAACUCAUUUCCUCAUCACGGAUCGUUGCCCGGUUCUACUUGGGCUCCAGGACUGUGUUUACUGGGCGUCAUCCGUCGCACAUAGACAGUCCACCGAUUUAUCUGUCGUACAUGAAAAUUAUCCGAGUCCGCGAGUCGACGAGUACAUGAAACAAAACUCCAGCACAGAACCAGAGUCUAUCCAUGAGCUGGAAGCAGUCAAGAGAAAAUAAGAGAGUAUCUAGUGAGGAUAGAGGAAAAAAAGAGAUAAAGAAUGAGGGAGUCGGUGAACUCAUGGCUAAGGACGUACACCAACGAGUCUCGCGUGCAAUCGACUAUUAUAAUGCCAGGAUGACCUUUCGUCCAUCAAAUUCUUGUUGAUCUUUACACUGGGACACGUGAUAAUGAGCCACUGACUGACUUUACCUCCAUUUAUUUAUUAGAUUACUUUAAAUAAAUAAAUUAACUGUUAUUUUAUUAUAUUUUUUUUUUUAACAGACGUUGGCUGUCUGAGAUGUCAUAACAUUUAAAAAUAGAGUGGCAUCAUCAAUAAAAAUCAAAGAGAGUUAGAGUUGUCUUAAAUUUAUUAAACUCUAUUCAGUAUCCACCUAUUUCCUCCGUGGGAGUAUGAACCCCGCGAGAGUUCCGGAGCCCGUGCAGCGGACCGGGACGAAGUGAAGGAGUCGAAGAAGUCGGACAGCCCACGAGCUGUGGAUAUGACAGAGACACCAGAGCGGGCGUGGAGUGUGAAGGAGAGACGGUUACUGAGAUAAAGCUUUGGACGGAGACGGAGAUAGGAGAAGGUACUUCUCGACCAAUCGCAAGGCUUCGCGGCUUGACGUACAGGUAGUCAGUACUCGACGCUACGCCGGUAAGUCUGUGUUAGUAAGACCCGCGGAGUCUCGCCAAAGGAGUUACUGAUGUGGUACCAGUCCGUCCGCGGUCUUCCCGGUAGGACCAAGUCGAUAUACACGAGUUCGAGAGUUCCGAGUGUCUGGUUUUAUUAUCAGUGGUUGUGAUUAUUGUUGUUGUUUAUAUAUUUAUAUAUUUAUUAUCUUGGUUUUUUUUUUUUUUUAAAUAUUUAUUUUACUUUUAAGUGGAGAUUUAUAUUUUGUCUGAAGGUGAUUAAACAGAACCACUGGCGCGAGAGGAGGAAAGAUAACGUGGAGGCUGGUAUCAGCCAUGGGGACGGCGAAGAUGAAACAUCUUUGGCCGUUGGUGGUGUACAUAAUAUUAUCAGCAUGUCCUGCCGACUCUGCAAGAGGAGUUGGACGAGGACCCAAAAGAGAAGUGUUUUUUUUAAAUUUAGAAGACGGUUACUUCGGUUGUCAAGUAAACGCAUCGACGGAUGUACUCCAAUUACUGGAACUCUCGAGAAUAUGCGAUGGAAAAAACGAUUGUUAUCAAGGGGCCGACGAAGCCCGACAAAUACUCAAGUGUUCAGAUGAUUGUACUAAAGAGGACGGUACCAAAUGUCAGAACGGAGUUUGCCUUGACUCAGUUUGCCAUUGCAAUGACGGUUUCGGCGGAUGUAAUUGUCAAGUGCCAGAUGAGAACGAGUGUAAAUACAGGCCCUGUGAUAUUUUUGCUCACUGUACGAAUACUCUUGGUGGUUUCCACUGUUCCUGUUACCCCGGUUACCGGGGCGAUGGCUUUACCUGCGAAGAUAUAAACGAAUGCGAAGAUCCAGUUCUCGCGUCCCGAUGCGUCGCGAAUGCCGAGUGCUGCAAUUUACCGGCAAAUUUUCUUUGCAAAUGCAAGCCGGGGUACAGAGGCGAUGGCGAAGUCCACUGCGAGGAUAUUGACGAGUGUCAACUACCUCACUCAUGUGGUGAAAACUCACUCUGUCAUAAUGUACCUGGUAAUUUUACCUGCACAUGCCCCGAAGGAUUUACAGGAAAUCCAUACGAAAACUGUUACGACAUAAACGAGUGCGAUAAUCCCGGAACCUGCGGUCACAAUGCGCGCUGUAUUAAUUUAUCCGGCGGUUAUCGAUGCGAGUGUCCCGAUGGAUUCGAAGGCAAUCCGGAGGACCACUGCAGAGACGUUGAUGAGUGUGUAAGAAGUCCAUGUGGACGUUCUGCUCUGUGUACAAACGUUGAUGGAGGUUUCAAGUGUCACUGUCCUGAUGGUAUGGACGGUGAUCCAUUCAGCGGUUGUAACGAUAUCAACGAAUGCGAGUCUAAUGACAUGUGUGGCAAGGAUUCAACCUGUGUUAAUACUCAAGGUGGAUUUGAGUGUCAAUGUCUUCCGGGUUAUCAGCUUGAUCCAGUUCUAGGCUGCACUGACAUUAACGAAUGCUUGCGCGACAAUGCUUGCGCGCCCAAUGCCAAGUGCAUUAAUAUUUAUGGCUCGUAUAAAUGUGUGUGCCCUCAAGGUUUCACGGGACAUGGACUAAUUUUAUGCGAGAAUGUUAAUGAAUGCGAGAAAAAUCCCUGCGGCGAUAAUUCCGAGUGUGUGGAUACACUUGGGAGCUACAUAUGCCGAUGUAACCAGGAUUAUACCGGCGACCCUUUCAAAGGCUGCACUGAUAUUGACGAGUGUAAUGGACCAGAGAAUCCCUGCGGCGCAAAUGCAAUAUGCAGAAAUUCCAUUCCCGGGUUCACUUGCGAGUGUCCACCAGGAUACAGUGGAAACCCGAGUCCUGCGGUAGCUUGUGAUCAGACGGACGUAACAACCCUGUGCAAGUCAAACUUUGACUGCGUCAACAACGCGGAGUGUAUCGAGGGCCAGUGCUUCUGCAAGGACGGAUUCAAGGCCGUUGGAGCCGAGUGCGAGGACCUCGACGAGUGCGCAACGAACCUAUGCGGCCCCUCUUCAGUCUGUAUUAACACCCGAGGAAGUUAUCACUGCUCCUGUGAGACCGGUUUCGUUGGUACUCCGCCGCAAAUACCCUGCAAAGCCCCAUGUGAGACUGUUACUUGCAGCGAGCAUGCCUUCUGCAAACCCGACGGACACGAGGCCUACUGUAUCUGCGAGGACGGCUGGACAUUCAACCCCAACGACAUCGCCGCGGGUUGCGUCGACAUCAACGAGUGUGACCCGGUCAAUGGACCCUCGGGACGAUGUGGCAAAAACUCAAUAUGCACCAACACGCCCGGUGGUUUCAGCUGCCAAUGCAAGCCCGGUUACUCCGGCAAUGCCUUCAAGCAGUGCAUAGACGUAGACGAGUGCGCAAGGACUGACGCCUGCGGUCAUGGUGCAACUUGUACUAAUACCAAUGGUGGAUAUACAUGCGCUUGUCCCGAGGACACGAUACCUGAUCCUGAUCCUUAUACCAAGUGCGUUGGAGUUGUGACAUGCGAUGCUGACAAUGACUGUCCUGGCAAUGCUAUUUGUGAUUUAGCUAAGAGAUGUCUCUGUCCGGAGCCAAAUAUCGGCAAUGACUGCAGACAUCCUUGUGAAGACGUAUCAUGUGGCCCGAACGCCCAUUGCAUGAUAUUAAAUGACAUCGCUACUUGUCUAUGCAGCAAUGGAUUUACUGGCAAACCCGGCGUGAAAGGUGGAUGCGCGGAUAUAGAUGAAUGCGCAGUAAAUCCUUGCCCACCGGGUGCCGUAUGUAACAAUGAAGCGGGUUCAUUCUCCUGUCAGUGUCCAAGUGGUACUACUGGGGAUCCCUACAACGGCGGAUGCAAAGAAACAGCAGUGCCACAUGUAUGCGGACCAAAUUCGCCGUGUCCGGCCGGUGAGCAGUGCGUUAAAGAUGAAUUUGUUGGUAGUUAUGUUUGCAUUUGUCAGCAACGUUAUACUCGAGACCCAGAAACCGGCAAAUGCCGCGAUAUCAACGAGUGUCUUGAACACAGAGAUAAGCCGCCGUGUGGUGUCAAUGCGAUAUGCAAAAAUUUACCCGGAAGUUACGACUGUCAGUGUCUGCCAGGUUUUCACGGGAAUCCAUUUACGCUGUGUGAAGAAUGCAACAGCAUUGAGUGCCAGUGUCAGCCGCCAUAUAAGAUUGUCAAUGAUAAAUGCAUGCUAGCGGGUUGUUCUGAAGGUGAAGCAUGUCCAAAAGGUGCUGAGUGUAUCACGAUUGCCGGUGGUGUGAGUUAUUGCGCGUGUCCUAAAGGAUACAGCACACAGCCAGAUGGAUCUUGCGAAGAUAUUAACGAGUGUACAGAAGGUCGUCAAGUAUGUGGCUACGGAGCUGAAUGUAUUAAUCGUCCGGGAUCUUAUGAGUGCAUUUGUCCUCACGGUUAUGGCGGUGAUCCCUACAAUGGUUUAUGCUCGCCAGCGCAAAAACGAUGCACGAGUGAUAAUGAAUGCAAGCCAAAUGAAAAAUGUGUACAGCCAGGCGAGUGUGUAUGUCCACCGCCAUUCUACACGGAUGCCUUGGAUGGUAAUCGAUGUAAAAAUCCGUGCGAUCGUUUCCCUUGUGGUAUGAACGCUAAGUGCACGCCAACCGACCCACCGAGAUGUAUGUGCGAGACCGGUUACGAAGGAGAUCCACAACACGGUUGCGUUGACGUUAACGAAUGUAUCAACAAUCCUUGCGGUCAUGGAGCUUACUGUUUGAAUAAUCGCGGCGGACAUAUUUGCGAGUGUCCAAGAGGCACUGUGGGAGAUCCAUACGGAGCUGGUUGCACUGGUGCCAUUCAGCCGCGGCAAGAGUGCUCGGGCAACAAUGACUGCGAGAAUUAUUUAGCUUGUGUACAAGGUAGCUGCGUUAAUCCUUGUGAUAACGUACCGUGUGGUCCCAAUGCCUAUUGUGAGCCGGACAAACAUGUGCCCUGGUGUAGAUGCGUCGUUGGAUUCACCGAGGGCAAGAAUAAUGAAUGCGUUUCGCAGUGCGAUGGCUUUGUCUGCGGAGCAGGAGCUCAGUGCAUUGUUUCUUACGACGGACCGACUUGUAAAUGUAUUGAAGGCUUUAUGGGUAAUCCUUUCCCGGGUGGUCAGUGUGUUCCCGACGUCUGUUCGCCGGAGGUAACAUGUGCGGAACCCAGUGUCUGCAUCGGUGGAAGAUGUAAACGCAGAUGCGAAGGAGUUGUCUGUGGAAUUGGAGCAAGUUGCGAUCCGCAAACAAAUAAAUGUGUUUGCAACCCGUACUUUGUUGGUAAUCCAGACUUGUUAUGUAUGCCGCCGAUUGAACCACCGCGUUGCGAACCAACUUGUGGGGACAACGCUCACUGUGAGUAUGAUGUAGCGGGUUUCAAGUGCGUAUGUAAUCCGGGAACGAGCGGCAAUCCGUAUCAAGGAUGUGGCGCUCAGAAAAAAUCCGAGUGUACCAAUUCAAUGUGCGGCAGAGAUGCUCACUGUCAUGCUGGACCCAACGCUAUUGAGUGUAUCUGCCCACCAGGUUUUGCUGGUAAUCCUUACAUUCAGUGUCACGAUAUCAACGAAUGCAGUGGAAAUGCUUGCGGAACAAAUGCUGUGUGUCUUAAUACGCUUGGGAGUUAUGAUUGCAGAUGCAAGGAAGGCUUCUAUGGUAAUCCAUUUGUCGGAUGUCUGGCAAUUGAGUCAGGACCGUGCACAGAUCCAGCGACGUGUCACUGCAGUAAUGAAGUCCCAUGUCCUUACAGCCAUACAUGCGUGGAAAGAAGCUGCGUAAGCAAGUGCAGUGACGUAAAAUGCGGUCCAAAAGCAGUUUGUCAAGACGGUACGUGUACUUGUCCAUCAGGAUACACAGGAAAUCCAAAUGAUUUGGCUAAAGGAUGUCAUCUUAAGGCUCACUGCUCCAAUGAUCUUGAAUGCGAGUCUCAGCAGAUUUGUUUCCAAGUGGGUAAAGGCGUAAGAAAAUGUGUUGAUGCUUGUAGCAAACUACAGUGUGGUCCCAAUGCUCUCUGUGUUACACAGAAUCAUGUGUCGUCAUGUCUAUGUAUCGAUGGUUACUUUGGAAACCCAAGUAAUCUCGUAGAUGGUUGCCAACCCGACCGAUCAAUCGCACCGCCCGUCUGCUCACACGAUUCCGACUGCGCUGCUGGUUACUUCUGCAUUUUAUUAGACAAUGGCAUCUAUGACUGCAUUAAUCCAUGCAGCAAAAUAGUUUGCGGCGCCUAUCAGCGCUGCGAGCCCGAUGGAAGUGGCCACGCGACUUGUAAAUGUCAAGAUGGAUACGAAUGGAAUCCCGUGAGUUCAAAUUGCGAGAAACCAUCAGUACCCGACUGUAUAACUGACCACGAUUGCCAUACGACCGCAGCCUGUCGACCGGACGCUUUGGGUGUUUUGAAAUGUAUUCCUACAUGUAAAUCAUUUACGUGCCCGCAGAAUUCUCAGUGCAUCGCUAAUAAUCAUCAGGCAGCUUGUGAAUGUCUUCUGGGAUUCACAGGCAAUCCGAACGAUCGUCAAGGAUGCCAGAGUGCUAGACAAAAUAGAUGUACAACAGACUCCGAGUGCUCUGAAGAUCAAACAUGCAGAUCUUCUAAUGACGGCACUUUACUUUGUCUACCAGUCUGUGAUUUUGUUACUUGUGGGCCUGGGGCACUUUGCGUAGUAAAUAAUCACGUGGCGAACUGCGAAUGUCCACCAGGACUGUACGCUGGUGAUCCAAACGACUCAGCAAACGGAUGCAAACCAGUUCCUUGUGUCUACAACAUUGACUGCCCGCCCACGCAGCUCUGCGACCGUCUAAGUCAUACUUGUCACGAUGUAUGUGAAGAAAACGCCUGCGGUACAAAUGCUGUGUGUAUUGCCAAUGAUCACCGUGCAGUCUGUCAAUGCCCUCCGGGCUUUAAAGCGAACCCAGUAGCUGACGUCGAGUGUGUAGGCGUCGAAGCGUGUAAUCCAAACCCCUGUCAUCCUACGGCAAUUUGCGUGGUCGGUGCUGCCGACUCUCCUGUUUGCCAGUGCCAACCUGGUCACGUGGGUGAUCCUUACACUACAGGAUGUCAACCUGAAGGUUCCUGUGUAUCCAAUAAAGACUGUCCAGCUCAAUCAGUCUGCCAGAAUCAUCGUUGUAUCAACCCAUGCGAAAACGCCUGCGGCAAGAAUGCAAUAUGCGAGAUAAUUAAUGGCGAGCCAAUUUGCCGAUGUGUUCAUCGAUUCGUUCCAUCAGUCGAGGGCCCACAGCACGGCUGCGUACGCGCUACGAACUACUGCGUGACUUCAUCAGACUGUGAUGAUGGUAAUUGUUUGGAUGGACAGUGUCGAGCUGUUUGCAGAUCUACUGAUGAUUGUGCUAGCGGAGAAAAAUGUAUCAACAACUUUUGCUCGAUUCCUUGCGUUACACCAAGCCAGUGUCAAUCCGACCAGACUUGUUAUAAUGGAGUAUGUAUACUAGGAUGCCGUAGCAGCAAGAGCUGCCCGUCAGACCAAUCAUGUAUAAAUAAUAGAUGUCAGAAUCCAUGCAGGCUCAAAGAAAACGUCUGUGGCGCUAAUGCGAUAUGCAGUUGCAUCGAUCACUCGACUUCUUGCUCUUGUCCCGCAGGUUUCUCGGGCAACCCAACGCCUCAGCAAGGCUGUGUACGUGUUCCCAAUGUUUGCCACUCAAACCAAGACUGUCCAGCUCAACACUACUGCGACAAAGGCUUCUGUCAGUGUACUUGCUCUACGAAGAACGACUGCGCUCACGGCGAACGAUGUAAGAACGGCUACUGCGUUAAAGUUUGCUAUGGAAAUGGAAACUGUUUGCCUGGUGAGCUGUGUGUUGAUGGAAGCUGCGAAAUUGGCUGUACAUCAGACACUGGAUGUCGCAAAGACGAAAUUUGCAUCAAUGGUAAAUGUAAGUGCAGUCAUGGUUUCAUUGCCGGUCCGGAUACUUGUCUAGAUAUUAAUGAGUGUGAAGAACAUCCUUGUCAUCCAAGUGCUGAGUGUAUUAAUCUCCAUGGUACGUAUAAAUGCGUGUGUCCUCGAGGAACAGCCGGUGAUCCAGUGGGCACCGGUUGCUUGACUCCUCAUCAGUGCGAAAAUCAUCAUGACUGUCCGGAUUCGCAGUCCUGCAUUCACUACAGCUGUGCUGAUCCCUGCAGUCUUGUUGACUGCGGUCCAAACACAAUUUGUUCAGUCAUAGAUCACGUUGCUGGAUGCCAGUGCCAGUCUGGUUACAUCGGGGAUGCUUCUGGAUGCUUCAAAGUCGAGUGCCUAACUGACAACGACUGUCCAAAAGACAAGUACUGUAAUUCAGAGAGCAACAAAUGCGCUAGUCCAUGCAAUCGAAUAAAUUGCGGCUACGGUAAUUGUAUUGCUGUCAAACAUAAUGCAGUUUGUCAAUGUCAUCCAGGGUACGGAUUAAUUGGAGACACUUGUGUGGACGUUGAUGAGUGUCUUGAUCAUCCUUGCCACUCGACUGCUGUUUGUCAGAACACUGAGGGAUCCUUCUACUGUUCGUGCCCACACGGGUUGGUUGGAGAUCCUAUUGGAUUAGGAUGUAAAUUACCCGGAGACUGUUUCGCAGACAACGAUUGCCCUGUAUCAGCAUCUUGUAUUGACAACACAUGUAGAAACCCAUGCGAUAUUCCAAACACUUGUGGACAUAACGCUGAAUGUCUUGUACGGAAUCACGUUCCUGAAUGCCGUUGCCCGAGUCAAAGCUCAGGCAAUCCUAAAACAGAGUGCGUUAAGUUCGAGUGCAAUUAUCACAGUGACUGUGGACAUUCCCAUGCUUGCUUUGACAACAAAUGUGUGGAUCCAUGCUCGGUACCCAAUGUCUGCGGUCAUGGCGCAGACUGUUCGUCGCUCAAUCACUCGGCAGUAUGUACAUGUCAACCCGGAGGUACUGGAGACCCAAAUCUUGGAUGCACACCCGUUCAAUACUGUAAGACUGACAGUCAAUGUCCAACCGGAGCUUCUUGCAACGGUGGUAUCUGUACUGCUUUGUGUACUUCAAUAAGGGACUGCAUUGCCGACCAAUUGUGUAUCGAUGGACUCUGCCGUCCAACUUGUAAAUUAAAUACAACUUGUCCUGAGUAUCAAUACUGCCAAAAUAAUAUUUGUGUUCAAGAGUUACGUUGUACUACAGACCACGACUGUGGGUAUGAUGAAAAGUGCGUCAGAAAUAAUUUAGGCCAAGCGGAGUGUCGUCAAGCUUGCGAGUUAAUUCUCUGCGGCAGAAAUGCUGGAUGUAAGUCUGAUAAUCACAAAGCCACUUGUGCUUGUGAUCGAGGAUUCUUCGGCGACGCUUAUGACGACAAGAUGGGCUGCCAACCGAUUGAAUGCGAGAGCCACGAUGACUGUUCGGAUGAAAAGAUCUGCGACUUACAUAAAUGUAGGAUCGCUUGUCUUGCUCAUAAUCCAUGUGGAUCCAAUGCCAUUUGCUCGACGAAUCAUCACGUCCAAGUCUGCACAUGCCAACCAGGUUACACUGGGGAGCCUACGCGCGGCUGUGAGCUGAUAGACUUUUGUCUCAAUUCGCCUUGCGCACCAGGAGCCGUCUGUACCAACUCACGAGGUUCUUAUCGCUGUCACUGCCAACCGGGAACAGUUGGAGACGCUUAUAACAGCGGCUGUCAGACACCAGUUGAGUGUCUCAAAGACGUAGACUGUCCCGUCACUGCCAAAUGUAUUGAAAUAAACGGUGUGCCCAAGUGCGCGGACGUGUGUUCAAGAAUACGCUGCGGACCUAACGCUGAAUGUACUCCAGGUGAGCACGUAGCAUCCUGUAACUGCAGAGUUGGCUACGAUGGAGACGCUAAUGAUCUCAGAGUAGGCUGUCGUCCUUUGCCGACAGCCUGCGCAACUUCUUCCGAGUGUCCUGCCAAUACUUAUUGCUACGAGAAUAUUUGCAGGCCUUCAUGUCAAUCCGACGAAGAGUGUAAUCUCUCAGACCGUUGUCUCAAUGGUCAGUGUCUCGACCCUUGCGAAAUUCGUACGGCUUGUGGUAUAAAUGCCGACUGUUUUGUCAACAAUCAUAUUAAACGUUGCAGCUGCCCUCCAGGAUUCACUGGAAACUCUGAGGUCGAGUGCGUAAGACUUCCGGUUUCUUGUAACGGACAUGAAGAUUGCAGCCAUGGUAACACUUGUAGAGACAAUGUUUGUCUGCCAGUUUGUACUUCUGAUAAUCAGUGUGCGUAUAAUGAGAAAUGUGUCCGUGGAAACUGUCUUCUGACUUGUAGACUAGACAAUGACUGCUUUUUGGGGCACAUUUGUUUGAAUAAUAUGUGCUCAUACGGCUGCAGAGGCGACGAAGAUUGCAAUGCCAAUGAAGCCUGUGCUUCAAACAAGUGCGUCAAUCCCUGUGACCUGACACCUUGCGGCCCCAACGCUAAAUGCUCUGUGACAAACCAGCGAGCUUCGUGCACGUGCCCUGAUGGAUUUAUGGCGAAUCCUUCUGCAAGAAUAGCUUGUUUACGAGCACCAGGACCUUUGUGCCAAGCCAACAGAGACUGUUUGACAGGAAUGGCCUGUGUAUCUGGCACCUGUUCAGCAGUUUGCUCUUCCAAUGCCAAUUGUUUGAGUAACGAACGUUGCGAUUCAUCAGGAAUCUGUCGAGCGCUUUGUCGCCAAGACGAAGAUUGUCGCAGUGGCGAAAUUUGUGAGGGUCUUGUCUGUCUUGCUGGCUGCCGAGCUGACAUUGAGUGCGCGGAAAAUCUUUCUUGCAUCAACAACCAGUGCAUAGAUCCAUGCAGUCUUCCAGAUUGCUGUGGAACAAACGCACAGUGCGCGAUGUUCAGUCAUCAGAAACAAUGCAGCUGUCCGGCUCCAUUGAUCGGCGAUCCUUUGACUGGAUGUCGCAGGAACUUUAUUCCUUGUACUGAUGACUCGUGUCCACCUGGUCACGUUUGUAACGGAGGAUCUUGCUACGCGGCUUGCAGAAGUGACUCGAAUUGUUUGAAUGACGAACGCUGCGAAGCUGGAGUCUGCAAAGCAAUUUGUAACACCGACGAUCACUGUUCUCCAGGACAAAUCUGCGAGAAUCGUAUCUGCGAAAUAGGAUGUCGUAGUGACCAUGCCUGUCCCAGUGAGGAAUCAUGUAUCAACAGCAGAUGCCGAAGUCCCUGCGAGGGUGGAAAAGCUUGCGGUGAGUGCGCCGGUUGCCGAGUAGUAAAUCACGCUGCUCAGUGCAGCUGCCCUCCAAACUACUACGGAAACGCCUUAAUAAGUUGUACCAAGUCUCCAGCUCCUUGUGACGGAGUCUGUGAGUGCGAUGAGAUCGGAUACUGCGUCAGAAGCUGCUCAGUUAAUGAUAAUUGUGCAUGUGGUGAAAUCUGUGAUCAAGGCAAGUGUCGCAUCAAAUGCGACGCCAACAAUUCCUGCAAGAAAGGCUACAUCUGCAAUGCUGGACUCUGCGUAACUGGAUGUCGAACUCAUGGAGACUGUCCUACAUCUUUGUCUUGCAACAACGGACAAUGCGAGGACCCAUGUCUCUACAAUGGUUCUCCAUGUGGCAUCAAUGCUCUCUGCAAGGUCUCAGGUCACCGCGCAGUCUGCCUGUGUCCAGAAGGUUAUCAAGGUGAACCCAGUCAAGAAUGUUACCAACUGGAAUGUCUUCGACACGAAGAUUGCGAGCCUACUAAAAGAUGCAGCGACGACGGAGUUUGUACCAAUCCUUGUCUUCAGCACAGUGUCUGCGGUUUCAAUGCCCAGUGCCGUGUUGUCGAUCGCACGGCUCAGUGCUCAUGUCCACCAGGACACUACGGCAACCCGAAGAUAAAUUGCAAACCCGGAAGUGACGAAUGCCAACGAAGACCUUGCGGCAUCAACGCUAAAUGCCGUGAAACAGAUGGCGGGUUCGAGUGUAGCUGCGCAGCAGGUUGCUACGGCGAUCCUCAUCAGGUCUGUAUCUGCGACGGUGGUGAUCUCUGUAGAGACACCAGCUGCGGAGUUAACGCUGCCUGUCGGGUUUAUAAAAAUCAGCCGCAGUGUUAUUGUCCUAAAGAGUAUCCCGCUGGUGAUCCCAUGCAUGCAUGCAGCGUCGAUCGUAGCUCCUUGGACUGCAGAACAAUCGGUUGUGGUAAGGGCGCUGAAUGUAUUCGCGACGGUACCAUUUUUGUCUGUAGAUGUCCUCCAGGUACCACUGGCUCUCCAGAUGUUGAAUGUAAAACAGAACGAGAGUGUACGAGUGACUCGGAGUGUCCAAAUGAGAAGUCAUGUAUAAAUCUUCAAUGCCUGGAUCCAUGUGCACUACGCGGUGCUUGCGGGAAGAACGCGUUGUGCCGAGUGGUGUUGCACAAGCCGCGAUGUACAUGCCCGCAAUGUUACGUUGGGAUGCCCCAGACGUCAUGUAAACCAGAUCCAAAAUGUACUUCACAAUAUCCGCGCCCAGAACCACCGCGUAUCGAGUGCACGACAGACCUGGAGUGUCCAGAAUCUCUGGCAUGCAGCGGAGCAACUGGAGAGUGUCGGGAUCCAUGUACGGCAACCAUCACGUCAACGAGCAUCAGCAGCACGUCGUCGAUUCUCACCGGCAGCAGCCACGGCUGCGAACCAAACAAACGUUGCCAAGUCCGCGACCACCAGCCCAUGUGCGUCUGCAAGCACGGGUUCGUUGUCAAUGACAUCGGGGAGCUCACUUGUGCCCCGGACACAGCAUCUUGUGCGCGUGACGUCGACUGCCCAUCAAACGCCGCUUGCAUUCACGGCAAAUGUCAGAACCCGUGUACCUCACGUGCGAAACCAAACGCACCUUGUCCAGCAGACAAACUCUGCGAUGUACUAGACCAUCGUCCCAUAUGCAUUUGCACCCAGAACUGCAAUCCUUCCCUGUCCAUUUGCCUACGAGACAGUGGCUGUUCUCCAGACCUGGCCUGCCGGAACUAUAGAUGUGUGGACCCAUGCAGCAACUCGACAUGCCCGGCAGAUGCCCCCUGUUACGUCGAGGAUCACAAGCCCGUCUGCAAGUUCUGUCCCCUUGGUUUUGUGCCUGAUACUAAAUACGGAUGCAUGAAAGAUGUCAAGUGUACGCAGCACGACGACUGUCCUUCGCAACUCGCCUGCAUAAAUAACCAGUGUUUGAAUCCUUGUACUCUUGGAAAUCCCUGCGAUUACGUCGAGGAAUGUCAUGUCCAGGACCACCGGCCAGUUUGCGUCAAAGCUGAUGACAAAUCACCCGGAUGCCCGUACUGCCCACCAGGACACCAGUGUGAUCCGUCGACGAACUCUUGUAUAAAAGCUGGUUGCACUAGUGACAGAGAUUGCACGCUGACGGAGACCUGCGUCGGACAUAUUUGCCAAGAGCCCUGUCUCAUCAGGAAUCCUUGUGCUGCUCAUGCUGUCUGCAUAAAUACCAACCAUGGCGCUGAUUGCAGCUGCGAAGAAGGAUAUCAUGGCAAUGGAUUCAGUCUUUGUAAGCCUGUAUCGAGCACUGGAGACGUAUGUCAGUACAAUGAAGAUUGUCCACCUAAUAAAUUAUGCGACCGACUGAAUCGCAGAUGCAUAAAUCCGUGCUUUGAAGACAGUUGCGGUAGCAACGCGGAAUGUUAUGCUGAAGAUCAUACUGCAAGAUGCAGAUGCUUGCCAGGAUAUCAAGGAAACCCGCAGGUAGCAUGCGAAGAAUCCGGAUUCGGGACAUCGAAUCCUUGUGUUCCAAACCCGUGCGGUUUGGAAGCGAUGUGCGAAGUGGACAAUGGAGAUCCAAUAUGCUUCUGCCCUAAAGGAAUGACCGGAAAUCCGUUCGAGCACUGCGUACCUGAAGGUGACAAGUGUCAAGGAAACCCAUGCGGUCCCAACUCAGGCUGUCGGGUUAUCCAAGGCCAGAUCACGUGCUUCUGUGUUCCAGGUUACGAAGGAAAUCCUCCGGCGAGUCCAUGCUUGCUGCCGGAUAAUUCUUGCGAGCCAUCACCUUGCGGUCCUAAUACUAGGUGCAAUAUUUUGGAUAAUGGAAUCGCUAAAUGCACGUGUCUUCCAGGUUUUAUUGACAGUCCAAAUACUAUCAGAGGCUGCGUCGAGCAGACACAUCCGUGUGAACCUAAUCCUUGUGGCUACGGCGCUGUCUGCGAUACUAAUCGUUCGCCACCGUGCUACUGUCCGGAAAAUACUGUCGGUAAUCCAUAUAAAGAGUGUGCUGUCAGUAGUGUAGUGCCAUUGUGUCAACCUGGGCCUUGUGGAGCCAAUUCAGACUGCUAUGUAUCAGAAAAUCGCGAACAGUGUUACUGUAAGCAAGGAUUUACUGGUAAUCCUUAUGUAGGAUGCUAUGAACCACCGAACAGUGUUUGCCAACCGAACCCAUGCGGACGCAAUGCCAUCUGCCGAGUGACCAGUUCCAAUAAAGCAAUCUGCGAGUGUUCACCAGGUACUUCUGGAGAUCCAACGAGUCCAGCUGGCUGCGAUAGCUUCGAGUGCACUAAAGACGAUGACUGUUUGUUAACACACGCUUGCAUCGGUCACAAGUGUCAGAAUCCUUGCAAUGGAGCUUGCGGAGUCAAUGCUAAUUGUCGUGUGGACUUACAUCACCCAGUUUGUUACUGCAGAGAAGGACUCUACGGUAACCCAAUACUCAGAUGCUCGGCUCCGAUGGUACCAGAGCCAGUGAAGAAUCCCUGCUAUCCAAAUCCAUGUGGUCAGAACACUUUGUGUCAAGUAUUGCAGAAUCGCGCAGUCUGUUCAUGUCUUCCUGACUUCUUGGGUGAUCCUCAGACUGGUUGUCAUCCAGAGUGUAUGAUAAACUCUGAUUGUUCUAAUGACAAAGCUUGCUUGAACAUGAAGUGCGUGAAUCCAUGCAGUCUUGGCAAUAUUUGUGGUAUCAAUGCCGAGUGCAGAGUUUCGUAUCACACCGCGACUUGCCUUUGUCAACAAAAUUACUUCGGUAAUCCAUUCAUACGCUGUUCACCUAAACCUAGUAUUGUCAUGGACAAAUAUCCUAAUAUUACACAUCCAUGCUCGCCGUCUCCGUGCGGACAAUUCGAUUACUGCGAGACUUACACCGACCAGGUUGCCAUGUGCGGAGGCUGCGAUGUUCAAGACAAUUCUUGGUGUCGUCCGGAGUGUCUUUGCAACAGCGACUGUCCAUUCGAUCACGCGUGUAUUGGUUGGAAGUGCGCAGAUCCUUGUCUGGGAACGUGUGGAGUCAAUGCUAACUGUGAAGUUAUCUGGCAUCAGCCAGUCUGCAGUUGCCCUAUCGGACUUUUCGGCAAUCCUUACCAAGGAUGUAUUCCUGAAGACGUCGAACACCGCGACCCCUGCAGUACUACUCAGUGCGGAGCUAAUGCAAUUUGCCGCGAGAAUCACGGAGCCACUACUUGCGAGUGUAUGGAAGGCUACUCAGGCAAUCCGUUCUUUGCUUGUCAUGUCGAGUGUGUACAAAAUUCCGACUGUUCGUUGAUCAAAGCCUGCUCGAAUCACAAGUGCGUUGACCCAUGUCACAGCGCAUGUGGAACUGGAGCUUCCUGCGACGUAAUAAAUCACUACCCAGUUUGUUACUGUGACGCUCAUUUGUCUGGAGACCCAUUCGUCCAUUGCUAUCCACAUAAAGAAACAGGAAUCGUAUCGAUCCCUCAGACAAAUCCAUGCGACCCAUCACCUUGCGGGCCGAACAGCAGAUGUCUCAUAUCACCACUGGGUUACGCGACUUGCUCAUGUCUACCAGACUUCCGCGGAAGUCCACCACUCUGUAACCCAGAAUGUAUCGUCAGCUCAGACUGUCUUCAAAUCCAAGCUUGCAUCAACAACAAAUGUGUGAAUCCUUGUCACGGAAUCUGUGGUCACGGUGCUUUGUGUUCAGUCAUAAAUCACAAUCCAGUCUGCAGCUGUCCAGCAACUUAUCAAGGAGAUCCGUUCGUCGCUUGUCUUCCAAUAGAAGAAAAAGACCUGGAGCCAAUAUCCUCAUGUCAUCCAUCUCCAUGUGGACCUCACUCAGUCUGCCAAGUGAAGAUGGGCCGCCCAGUGUGUUCAUGUCAGAGUACUUUCAUCGGUAGCCCACCAAACUGUAGACCAGAAUGUCUUAUUAGUCAGGAAUGUCCAAUCGACCAGGCUUGCGUGGCCAAUAAAUGUAUUCAUCCUUGUCCUCACAGCUGUGGACCCAAUUCUGAGUGCGCUAUCAUCAAUCACACGCCUUACUGUUCAUGUAAACCCGGCUACGAAGGUGAUGCCUUCGUUGGUUGUACUCCAGUUCCUGUUCAACCUGCAGUGCCUGAAGAUCCGUGCAAUCCAUCACCUUGCGGCAACAAUGCGAUCUGCAACGUAGUCAAUGGAGUCUCAAGAUGUACUUGCAUACCACCGUACGUUGGUAAUCCUUAUGUCGGUGGUUGUAAACCAGAGUGUAUGAUAAACUCGGACUGUGCUAAUCAUCUGGCUUGUUUGAAUCAACACUGCAGAGACCCGUGUCCAGGAAUCUGUGGCUUCAAUGCUCAAUGCGAAGUAUCCAAUCACAUCCCCACAUGUUCAUGUCUUCCAGGAUACUCGGGAGAUCCAUUCCAGACCUGUAAAAUUGAAAAAGUAAACGUUCCACCACAGAAUCCUUGCACACCAUCACCAUGCGGCCCGUAUAGUAUCUGCAGAGUAGCCAACGAUCGUGCGGUCUGCUCCUGCAGUCCAGGAUACAGAGGAACUCCACCAUCAUGUAGACCAGAGUGUCUCGUUAGCUCAGAAUGUGCACCACAUCUUGCUUGCAUCGAUCAAAAAUGCAGCGAUCCUUGCCAAGGAGUUUGUGGAUACAGCGCGCUCUGUCAAGUCAGCAAUCACAAUCCAAUAUGCAGCUGUCCAGAAAGACACGCAGGAGAUCCAUUUGUCCAGUGUACUGAAAUUCCUAAAGAAGUUGAGCCAACUAAUCCAUGUGUGCCUUCACCAUGUGGACCAAAUGCCCAGUGCCGGGUCCAGAAUGAUCGUCCAGUUUGUUCAUGUCUCACGGGAAUGUUUGGCGCCCCACCAAAUUGCAGACCCGAGUGUCUAAUUAAUCAAGACUGUCCUAACUACCUCGCGUGUCUGCAAAACAGCUGCGUGAAUCCAUGUGUCGGUUCAUGCGGCAUCAAUGCCAACUGUAUUGUCAGAAACCAUCGGCCAAUUUGUCAGUGUCAAGAAGGAUUCGAAGGCGACCCCUUCUCGGCAUGUAAUCCACGAGAAAUGACACCAGUAGCGCCUCCAAGUGAACCUUGCAAUCCAUCUCCCUGCGGUUCUAAUGCAAUUUGCAAUGAAAGAAAUGGCGCUGGCUCAUGCACAUGCUUGCCAGAUUACACUGGAGAUCCGUAUGAAGGCUGCAGACCUGAGUGUGUUCAAAAUUCCGACUGUCCUCACUCGAAGGCCUGCUUAAACAACAAGUGCAAAGAUCCCUGUGUCGGUGCGUGUGGACUUAACGCUCAGUGUCAAGUAUUUAAUCAUCAACCUUCAUGUAGCUGCCUGUCAGGUUACACUGGCAAUGCGUUAACAUCUUGCUACGUACCACAACCAGUACCGCCAAGUCCUGAAGACGCUUGUGAACCAUCACCUUGCGGACCUUACAGCAACUGCCGGGUCAUCGACUUCCAUGCAGUCUGCUCAUGUCAACCCGGAACCAUCGGAAGUCCACCAACUUGUAGACCUGAGUGUGUAAUCAGCACUGACUGCGCUCAGAACAAGGCUUGUAUCAACCAACGCUGCGAAGAUCCGUGUGUUGGAACUUGUGGAGUAAAUGCUCGUUGCCAAGUCAUCAAUCACAACCCAGUUUGCAUUUGUAUGAACGGCUACACUGGUGAUCCAUUCUCAGGAUGUCUUAAAGAAGAACCAAAGACACCCGGUCCAGAACCGGGUGGUAAUCCAUGUGUACCUUCGCCUUGUGGACCAAACUCACAGUGUCGGGUGAUAGAUGGAUUCCCAGCUUGCUCUUGUCUUCCUAACUACGUCGGCAGAGCUCCCAACUGUAGACCCGAGUGUGUUAUCAAUGAAGAGUGUCCUGGUAAUUUAGCUUGUCAGAGAGAACGAUGUGCUGAUCCUUGUCCUGGAUCUUGUGGAGUCAACACAUUCUGUAAUGUCGUUAAACAUAAUCCAGUAUGUAAUUGUAAUCCAGGAUUCACUGGUAAUCCAUUUGUUGAAUGCACACCUCAACUGCAGGAGCCUUAUACUACAGAGAAGCCAAGGACACCUUGUGAUCCUUCUCCAUGUGGGGCUAAUGCUGUUUGCAAUGAAAGAAAUGGAGCUGGAUCUUGUUCUUGUAUGCCUGAGUACUUUGGAGAUCCGUAUACUGGUUGCAGACCUGAGUGUGUGACAAAUAACGACUGUGGAAGAACGAAGGCUUGUUUGAGAAAUAAAUGUAUCAAUCCAUGUGCUGGAACCUGUGGUCCCAAUGCCUCCUGUCGGGUAGUCAAUCACGCGCCGUCAUGUACGUGUGUGGCUGGAUACUCUGGAGAUCCUACGGUUGGCUGCUCAGUACUGGAAGUUGUGACAAAGUCUCCAGUUACUGAUCCAUGUGAAGCUUCACCUUGUGGACCAAACAGCAACUGUAGGACAUUGAACGGCCAUGCAGUUUGUUCAUGCAAGAGUGGAUUCAUUGGAACCCCUCCAACAUGCAGACCCGAGUGCACAAUCAGCACAGAAUGUCCAAGAAGCAAAGCUUGCGUGAAUAAUAAAUGUAUAAAUCCUUGUCAGUCAGCUUGUGGAGAGAACACCAAGUGCCUGGUCGUUAAUCAUAGUCCAAUAUGUACUUGUGCUAAUGGUUAUACUGGAGAUCCAUUUGUUGCUUGCAGCAAAGCUGAGAUAAUACCACCUGGACCUUCAAAAGAAGAUAGUGAUCCUUGCUCACCUAAUCCCUGUGGUCUUAAUUCACAGUGCAAAGUUGUUGGUUCACAGCCAGCUUGCUCUUGCUCACCAAACUUUUUGGGUAGACCACCAAACUGUCGACCUGAAUGUAGAGACAACUCAGAAUGUCCAUCAACGAUGGGAUGUAUUAAUCAACGAUGCAAGAAUCCUUGUCCAGGUGCUUGUGGAGACAUGGCAAGAUGUUCAGUCCUGAAUCAUUCUCCAGUUUGCUCAUGCUCUGAAGGGUACACCGGAGAUCCAAGUACUCAGUGCACACCAAUACUGCCAUCAAUACCUGAACCUGGACCAUCAAAUCCCUGCUUACCAAACCCUUGUGGACCAAACGCACAGUGCAGAGAACGCAACGGCGCGGGAGCUUGUGCCUGUCCAGCAGAUUUUAUCGGCGAUCCUUAUGACAGUCGCCGAGGAUGUCAUCGUGAAUGUGAAGUAAAUGAUGACUGUGUUCCACAUCUUGCGUGCGUUGGGUUCAAGUGUACUAACCCAUGCCAAGGAACAUGUGGAGCUUUCUCUAUUUGCCAAGUAGAAAAUCAUGUGCCUAAAUGUCAAUGUCCACCUGGAUACACUGGAGAUCCAUUUUACGCUUGCAGUGAAGAGCCUAAAGAACUUCCGAUACCUCAGGAUCCUUGUUCUCCAUCACCGUGUGGCCCUAAUAGCAAAUGCCGGACUGUAAAUGGUCAAGCAGUUUGUACAUGUCUACCAGACUACGUUGGAACACCUCCAUCUUGCCGGCCCGAGUGUGUUGUCAAUGCAGAGUGUCCAGUUCAUCUUGCCUGCAUCAAUAAAAAGUGCGCUGAUCCCUGUCCAAAUACCUGCGGCGUUCGCGCGCAGUGUACGACUAAAAAUCACAAUCCAAUAUGCACAUGUCCUGUUGGAUUGACUGGAGAUCCAUUUAUACUUUGCACGCAGCAGACUGCAGUGGAAGUAACUUCGACAGAAAGGCCGCCUUCUUGUACGCCAUCACCAUGUGGCCCUAACUCACAGUGUCAAAUAGUCUUUGGUAAUCCAGCUUGCUCAUGUCUUCCUAAUUAUGUUGGAGUGCCACCUGAAUGUCGACCUGAGUGUAUCAUCAGUUCAGAGUGCAAGAGUCAUCUAGCUUGUGUUAACCAACGGUGCCAGGAUCCCUGUGCCGGGUCUUGCGGUUUCAAUGCUCAAUGUCAUGUCUUAAAUCACAUUCCAGUUUGCACGUGCAUGCAAGGAUUCACUGGUGAUCCUUUCACUGAGUGCUCACUCGUUCCACCGAGUACGCAAGCGCCACAACAAUCAGAUCCUUGCAGUCCUUCGCCGUGUGGACCUAAUGCCAUCUGCAGAGCUGGUGAUUGCGAAUGCUUGCCAGAGUACUUUGGAAAUCCUUAUGAAGAGUGUCGACCUGAGUGUGUACUAAACUCUGAAUGUCCCAGAGAUAAGUCAUGUCUUCGUAACAAGUGUGUUGAUCCUUGUCCAGGAAGAUGUGGCCAGAAUGCGGAGUGUGAUGUUGUAAAUCAUAUACCAGUUUGCUCAUGUCGUCAAGGAUUUAUUGGAGAUCCGUUUGUCAAUUGCAGAGUACAGCCACAAAAACCGGAAGACAGGCCAGAUCCUUGUUCACCGUCACCUUGUGGACCUAAUAGCCAGUGCCGCAAUAUUGAUAAUCAUCCAGUCUGUUCCUGUCUCACAGGAUACUUGGGAACACCGCCAUUAUGUCGUCUUGAGUGUCUGAUGAGCUCUGAAUGCCCGCCAACACGCGCGUGCAUCAGUAAUAAAUGUACGGAUCCAUGUCUUGGUUCUUGUGGUCUCAGUGCGCGAUGUGAAGUCAUAAAUCACUCACCAAUAUGCAGUUGUCCACCUGGACAAACUGGAGAUCCAUUCAGAAGCUGCUACGAAAUUCCUGUAAAAGUUGAACCCAAAGUACCAGAAGAUCCUUGCUCACCAUCACCAUGUGGGCCAAAUGCUCAGUGCCAAAGCAUCAAUGGAAUUCCUUCAUGCUCAUGCUUACCAAAUUACAUCGGAUCUCCGCCUUCAUGUCGACCAGAGUGUCUAAUCAACCCAGACUGUCCUUCCAACCAAGCUUGCAUCAACUCGCGCUGCGUAGAUCCAUGCCCAGGAUCCUGCGGAGACUUCGCUGAGUGUCGUGUCAUAAAUCACGCAGUCACUUGCAGCUGCACGAGCGGUUACACAGGCAAUCCAUUUGUCCAAUGUAUGAUUGAACAAGAAGAAACGAUCAAUCCAUGCGAGCCAUCACCUUGUGGACCCAAUGCGAUCUGUCAGCAACGAGAUAACGCAGGUGCUUGUGUUUGUAUUGAUGACUAUCACGGCAAUCCUUACGAAGGCUGUCAACCAGAAUGUAUUCUCAGCUCCGACUGUCCAACGAACAAAGCUUGUGAGAGAAAUAAAUGCCAAGAUCCAUGUCCUGGAGUCUGUGGUACUCAAGCUCAGUGCUCAGUUAUUAAUCACAUACCAACUUGCACAUGUUUGCCAGGAUUUAUUGGUGAUCCUUUCACUUCCUGUACACUUCAGCAAGAAUCAACUACUCCCGGAGUGAGUCUAGAUCCAUGCAAUCCAUCUCCUUGUGGUCCUAACAGUCUCUGUCGUACGAUAAACAGUCAAGCUGUGUGUACAUGUCAAGCUAAUUACGUCGGAGCGCCACCAAACUGUCGGCCAGAGUGUGUAGUAAACACAGAAUGCCCCCAGAAUCGCGCAUGUUAUAAAUAUAAAUGCAAUGACCCGUGUCCAGGAACUUGUGGACUUGGAGCAGACUGCCGUGUCAUCAAUCACAAUCCUCUGUGCAGUUGCCCAGCUGGUUCUACAGGUGAUCCAUUCUCUCGUUGCUACCAAGCUGUCGAAGUUCCACCAACAAGACCCAGUGAUCCUUGUGUUCCAAAUCCAUGCGGACUUAAUGCCGAGUGCCGAAGAGUUGGUGACCAAGCUGCUUGUUCCUGUUUGAAUAAUUACAUCGGAUCGCCUCCAAACUGUCGACCCGAGUGCGUUGUCAACACAGACUGUCCUUCAACUCAAGCCUGUAUUUCUGAAAAGUGUCGCGAUCCAUGUAUCGGAUCCUGUGGACAAGACGCUGAGUGCCGGGUACAAAAUCACAUCCCCACGUGUCUCUGUCGCGAAGGCUUUACUGGAGACGCAUUCACACUUUGCUCUCAGAUCAUCGAACAACCCAAGCAGCCAGAAGAUCCAUGUAACCCGUCACCAUGCGGAGCCAACGCUCUCUGCAAUGCAGGAGUCUGCACAUGUUUGCCUGACUAUCAAGGCGAUCCUUACAGUUUCUGUCGUCCAGAGUGUACGAUGAAUUCCGACUGUCAGCGUGUUAACUCCUGUAUCAAUCAACGCUGUGUUGAUCCAUGCCCCGGAACCUGUGGCACUGACGCACGCUGUGAUGUAGUAAAUCAUAUUCCGAUGUGCAGUUGUCCACCAGGCAGCACAGGAAAUCCUUUCUCAGCGUGCAGACCCUUCAAGCAAGAAGACACACCAAAGCAACCGUGUUCUCCAUCACCUUGUGGAUCCAAUAGCAUUUGUCGAGUAGUUGAAGAUCAUGCUGUCUGUUCAUGCUCACCAGGAUUCUUCGGAAGUCCACCGGCUUGUAGACCCGAGUGUGUCACCAGUGCUGAGUGUCCUUUGACCCGAGCUUGUUUGAACAACAAAUGUCAAGACCCUUGUCCUGGUACUUGUGGACAAAACGCUAAAUGCCAAGUUGUCAAUCAUAAUCCGAUUUGCAGUUGCUUGGAAGGCAAUACUGGUGAUCCUUUCACUAGAUGUUACUUAUUAUCAGUGGAGAUACCUAAGGAACCAGUUGAUCCUUGUCAGCCAUCACCUUGCGGUCCUAAUUCCGAGUGCAAUGUCCGCGGUGAGAGUCCAGCAUGUUCUUGUGCUCAAAACUACAUCGGUGUGCCACCAAACUGUCGACCCGAGUGCACAAUAAAUCCAGAAUGUGCUUCACAUCUCGCUUGUAUCCAACAGAAAUGCCGCGACCCGUGCGCGGGUCUCUGUGGUAUCGGCGCAAGUUGUUCGGUAGUUAAUCAUCACGCAGUGUGCGCGUGUCCUGAAGGAUUCACUGGCGAUCCAUUCAGCAACUGUAUUCCUGCUCCUAAGGAGCCCCCGAUGGAGAUGAGAAGACCCUGCUCACCGUCACCCUGCGGCACCAAUGCAGUGUGUCGUGAACAAAACGGCAUUGGAUCCUGCUCAUGUCUGCCUGAUUACUUCGGUGACCCUUACGAAGGCUGCAGACCUGAAUGUGUUAUUAACUCCGACUGUCCCACGAAUCGCGCAUGCAUCCGGACUAAAUGUCAAGACCCGUGUCCUGGUACCUGUGGCCCCAAUGCCCAGUGUCAGACAAUAAACCAUCUGGCCUCCUGUACCUGUGCGAUAGGUUUCUCUGGUGAUCCGUUCCGGUACUGCAGCCCUGCGCCUUUGAUAAUUCAGCCAUCAAUUACCGAACUUUGCUCACCCAGUCCUUGUGGACCUAACAGCCAGUGUCGGGUUAUCAAUAACCAGGCAGUCUGUUCCUGUCUGUCUGAAUACAUCGGUACUCCACCUGGUUGCCGACCCGAGUGCACUAUCAGCUCAGAGUGUCCUCGCAACCGCGCCUGUGUUAACAGAAAAUGUGUUAACCCAUGCCCAAAACCAUGUGGAAGAAAUACUGAUUGCAUUGUUUUGAACCACAGUCCUAUUUGUUCCUGCAGAAAUGGAUUCACUGGUGACCCAUUCACUUCAUGUUUUACUGCUCCACCCCCAAGUCCAGUUGAAACCCAGAAUCCGUGUGUGCCAUCACCAUGUGGACCCAACUCCGUCUGCCGCGACUCUAAUGGACCCUCUUGCUCAUGUUUGCCUUCUUACGUCGGUUCUCCACCCAACUGCAGACCUGAAUGUACAAUAAGCGCCGAUUGCCCUACCAAUCAAGCUUGCAUGCGUUCAAAGUGCCGCGAUCCUUGUCCUGGAUCCUGCGGCAUACAAGCGCGUUGUGAGGUUGUUAACCAUACGCCCAUUUGUACUUGUCCCGAAGGAUUUACUGGUGACCCAUUCAGCAAUUGUGUUAUCCAGCCACAAAUGGAUCCAAUACCUAAAGACCCAUGUAACCCCUCACCUUGUGGAUCAAAUGCUCAAUGCCAGCAAGGAGUCUGUACCUGUUUACCUGAAUACCAAGGAGACCCGUACUUCGGAUGUAGACCCGAGUGUGUUCUCAACACAGACUGCCCUCAAGACCGUGCUUGCAUUCGCAACAAAUGCAAAGAUCCCUGUCCAGGAACUUGUGGGCAAAAUGCCGCCUGUAAUGUUUAUAAUCAUAUUCCUAUGUGUACUUGUCCUUCAGGAAUGUCAGGAAACGCUUUCUUUAAUUGCGAACCUAUAAGAGAUCCAGUCGUAACUCAGCCCUGUACACCUUCACCCUGUGGUCCUAAUAGCCGUUGCCGUGAAGUUAAUAACCAACCGGUCUGCACUUGUAUCGACGGCUACUUAGGCAGCCCGCCGACAUGUAGACCUGAGUGUAUUGUCAGUACAGAUUGUUCGCCCAAUGAAGCUUGUUCGAAUCAAAAAUGUCGCGAUCCUUGUCAAGGAACUUGUGGACUAGCUGCUCAGUGUCAAGUAAUCAAUCACAAUCCAAUAUGUAGUUGCCGCGAUAGAUUCACUGGAGAUCCAUUUGUUCAGUGUACACCCAUUCCUGAAAGACCUCCAGUACAAACGAAUCCAUGCCAGCCCUCGCCCUGUGGACCGAACGCCCAGUGCCAAGUCUUCAAUGACUCCCCUUCAUGCUCCUGUCUACCUCAAUUCACGGGUUCUCCACCCAACUGUCGGCCCGAGUGCGUUAGCAACAGCGAGUGUGACAGCAAACUCGCAUGCAUUAACCAGAAAUGUCGGGACCCGUGUCCUGGAUCAUGUGGCUCCAAUGCAAUGUGUCGUGUUUUCUCGCAUACUCCAAUGUGUCAUUGCGACUCGGGCUACACUGGAGAUCCAUUUACUCAGUGCUCACUAGUCCUCGCAUCUGAACCAGUUGCUCCUUGCACGCCAACACCUUGCGGCGCUAAUGCAGUUUGUAAAGCAUCUGGUUCAGCUGGUUCCUGUUCAUGUUUACCAGACUAUCUAGGCAAUCCUUACGAAGGCUGUAGACCUGAGUGCAUCGUCAACUCAGACUGUGCUCCUAGCAUGGCUUGCACGCGGUCAAAGUGUGUGGAUCCAUGUCCUGGUGCCUGUGGACAAAAUUCUAUGUGUCAAGUUAUCAAUCAUUCGCCAACUUGCACUUGUUUAUCGGGAUUCACUGGCGAUCCUUCGCGAUACUGCUCACCUGUUCCUUUAAUCACAGCAGAAACAGCAAGAGAACCUUGUAGUCCAUCACCAUGUGGCCCCAAUAGCCAGUGUAGAAAUAUCAACAACCAAGCUGUCUGUUCAUGUCUUCCUACCUACCUCGGCGCACCUCCAAACUGUCGCCCCGAGUGUCUAGUGUCCUCAGAAUGUCCUUCGAACCGCGCGUGUAUUAAUCAGAAGUGCGUGGACCCUUGUCCUAAUUCCUGUGGUCAAAAUGCACUCUGUCGGGUUAUUAAUCACAGUCCCAUUUGUAAUUGUCGACCUGGAUAUACUGGAGAUCCAUUCACACGUUGUUUCUUCAUUGAAGCUACCGUGACUUCAGUACCUGAAAAUCGUGAUCCCUGUGUACCUUCACCUUGCGGAGCAAACUCUAUAUGCCGUCCUAUUGGCACCACUCCCUCGUGUUCUUGCCAACCUAAUUACAUGGGAUCACCGCCCAAUUGUCGACCAGAGUGUACCAUAAAUCAAGAGUGUACCAGCAUUAAAGCCUGCAUGCGUGAACGCUGUAUGGAUCCUUGUCCUGGAUCCUGUGGCUUUAACGCAGAGUGUGUUGUUAUUAAUCAUACUCCGAUCUGUACAUGUCGGGAAGGAUUCACCGGUGAUCCUUUCUCUGAAUGUCGACCUAAGCCAGUUGAAAUUGCUCCUGUUAAUACUGACCCAUGUAACCCGUCACCUUGCGGGCCGAAUACUAGAUGCGACAAUGGUCAGUGCUCUUGUCUUCCCGAAUACUUUGGAGACCCAACGAUUGGCUGUAGACCCGAGUGUGUUCUAAACGAUGACUGUUCAAGAAAUUUAGCUUGCGUUAAAAACAAAUGCCGAGAUCCUUGUCUAGGAACUUGUGGCCAAAGUGCUGUCUGUAACGUUUUCAAUCACAUCCCGAUGUGUAGCUGUCCCGCGGGAAUGUCAGGAAAUGCAUUCGUUAUUUGUUCUCCUGCUAGUGCGCCUCAAGUAACUGAUCCAUGCAACCCGUCGCCUUGUGGCCCGAACAGCAGAUGCCGUCAAAGUAACGGCCAUGCAACCUGCUCAUGUCUCACUGGCUACAUUGGAAGUCCGCCGAGUUGUAGACCAGAGUGUGCUGUUUCAUCAGAUUGUCCUUUGAAUGAAGCUUGUAGUAAUCAGAAAUGUAGAGAUCCAUGUCUAGGUACUUGUGGGCUCCAAGCAACUUGUAAUGUUAUAAAUCAUAAUCCCAUAUGCAGUUGCCCUUCAUUGAUGACCGGAGAUCCGUUUAUUCAAUGCCAGACUAUUCCUGAAAGACCACCAGUGCCAGUUAAUCCAUGCCAGCCAUCACCUUGUGGCCCGAAUGCCGAGUGCCGGGUAAUUAAUGACUCGCCUUCUUGUUCCUGUCUGCCUCAAUUUACUGGUACUCCGCCAAAUUGUCGACCUGAGUGUAUUAGCAACAGUGAAUGUUCUAAUCAUCUCGCAUGUAUUAAUCAGAAAUGUCGGGAUCCAUGUCCUGGUUCUUGUGGAACCAGUGCUGAAUGCCGAGUUGUCAGUCAUACGCCGAUGUGUGUCUGUACGACCGGAUUCACUGGUGAUCCUUUUACUCAAUGCACUCCAGCGCAAUUUGAUGAACCGAUUGUAACGAACCCUUGCUCUCCAUCUCCUUGCGGUUCUAAUGCUGAGUGUCGAGUCCAACAGAAUGCUGGGGCAUGUUCAUGCUUCCCUGGAUACAUUGGUAACCCUUACGAAGGAUGUAGACCUGAGUGUGUACUAAAUUCAGACUGUGCAGCGAAUCUCGCGUGCAUUAAUUCGAAAUGUAGAGACCCCUGUCCUGGUACUUGUGGACAGAAUGCUCUUUGUCAAGUUAUUAAUCACUUGCCUACAUGCUCGUGCAUUGAAAGAUAUACUGGAGAUCCUUUUAGAUACUGUAAUAUUAUUUUACAAACAGAAGUGGAAAAUAAAGGAAGUGCAUGUAGACCUUCACCUUGCGGACCUUAUAGCCAAUGUCGCGAAACAAAUGGCCAAGCUGUUUGUUCUUGUUUACCAGGGUACAAUGGUAGCCCACCUGGAUGUCGACCUGAGUGUACGACUAGUUCUGAUUGCGCUUUAAAUCGCGCUUGCGUUAGUCAGAAAUGUGUUGAUCCUUGUCCUGCACCUUGCGGAAGACAAUCCACCUGUAGAGUUGUUAAUCAUAGUCCUAUAUGUUCAUGUAAUGUUGGAUUUACUGGAGACCCAUUCACUGUUUGCUUCCCUGUUCCACAAUCAACAAUGAGUGAUGUACCAAGAGAUCCAUGUUUCCCAUCACCAUGUGGACCCAACUCCCAGUGCAGGAAUGCUAACGGCAGUCCAGCUUGCUCGUGUUCAACAGGAUUCAGCGGCAGUCCACCAAACUGUCGUCCCGAGUGUGUUAUAAAUUCGGAAUGUUCAAGCGAUCGCGCUUGCAUGAAUGAAAAAUGUCGGGAUCCCUGUCCCGGUUCUUGUGGACAGAAUGCCAUGUGCACAGUUUACAAUCACGUUCCAGUUUGCUCAUGUAUAGAAAGCUACACUGGUGAUCCCUUUACCGGGUGCUUUUACCAACAAGCAACCGAAACCGCUGUCACUGAUCCCUGCAAUCCAUCACCGUGUGGCCCCAAUGCUCAGUGUAGCAACGGUGUCUGCUCAUGUUUGCCCAAUUACUUCGGUGACGCUAAUUACGGCUGUAGACCCGAGUGUGUUUUAAAUAAUGACUGUUCCCCAGAUAGAGCUUGCGUGCGAAACAAGUGCGUGGACCCGUGUCCUGGCACUUGUGGGCAAAACGCACAGUGUAAUGUUUUUAAUCACAUUCCCAUGUGUACUUGUCUUGCCGGAAUGGCUGGCAAUGCUCUAGUAUCUUGUCAACCAGUCCAAGUUCCAACACAAACAAGACCAUGUAGUCCCUCACCCUGUGGUCCUAACAGCAUUUGCCGUCCAGUAAACGGUCAGUCCGUCUGUACCUGUGCACCAGAAUACUUAGGAAGCCCGCCCACAUGUCGUCCUCAGUGUCUAGUCAGUUCUGAUUGUCCUCGAAACGAGGCGUGUACUAAUCAACGGUGUCGUGAUCCUUGUCCUGGCACUUGCGGCUUAGAAGCGCAGUGCCAGGUCAUAAAUCACAACCCCAUUUGCUCGUGCCGUGAUGGUUUUACUGGAGAUCCAUUCACUCGUUGCAUGUUAAUCCAAAACAUCCCAGCUUCGCCACCAGAAAAUCCCUGCCAACCAUCGCCUUGCGGCAUGAAUGCCGAGUGUCGUGUUAUUAACGAUUCCCCGUCUUGUUCCUGCCUAUCUGAAUUCAUAGGCUCGCCACCCAACUGCCGUCCCGAGUGCAUAAGCAACUCAGAGUGUCCCAGCAAUGAGGCGUGUGUCAAUCGAAAGUGUCGAGACCCUUGUCCAGGUUCUUGUGGCGUCAAUACUCAAUGUCGAGUAGUUAGUCAUACUCCGAUGUGUGUUUGUCUAGCGGGGCAAACUGGUGACCCUUUUACCGGUUGUCAGCCAGUUUCAUCAACACAAACGCCCGAAAACUCACAAUCGCCCUGUGUACCCUCGCCCUGCGGUGCCAACGCCGUCUGCAAAGAGUCCAACGGCGCGGGUUCAUGCUCCUGUCUGGUUGACUACAUCGGCAAUCCAUACGAAGGCUGUAGACCCGAGUGUGUUAUUGACUCCGACUGCCCGUCCUACCAGAGUUGCUCUAGAUCCAAGUGCCGUGACCCUUGUCCCGGUGCUUGUGGCCAGAAUGCCGAGUGCAUUGCUAUCAAUCACUCACCCUCUUGUACCUGUCGUCCAGCGUUCACUGGUGACCCGUUUACUUACUGCACCCUGUUACAGGCCAAUCCCAUAGACGUCGAUAGACCAAGAGAACCUUGUAACCCAUCACCCUGUGGACCCAAUAGCCAAUGCCGGGUGAAUAAUGGACAAGCAGUAUGUACUUGUUUGCCAAACUACAUUGGUAGCCCACCAGGAUGCCGUCCCGAGUGUGUCGCCUCCUCCGAAUGUCCCUCCCAGCUGGCUUGCAUCAACCAAAAAUGCGAGAACCCAUGUCCCGCACCCUGUGGACUUAAUACCAAGUGUGUCGUCGUUAACCACAGUCCAAUUUGCAGUUGUAUGUCGGGAUACAGCGGUGACCCAUUCACCCGAUGUACUCUCAUACCACCACCAACUGAGUCAGUUAAUGAUGUACCCAGAGACCCAUGUGCGCCCUCACCUUGUGGAAGUUUCUCUUACUGUCGUAAUAUCGGUGGAUCACCAGCUUGUACAUGCCAGGAAGGCUACGUAGGCCAACCUCCUAACUGUAGGCCUGAAUGUUCUAUCAAUUCGGAGUGUCCGAGUAACGAAGCUUGCAUCAACGAAAAAUGUCGGGACCCUUGUCCAGGAUCGUGUGGGUUCAGUGCAAUGUGCGCUGUUUCGAAUCACAUACCAAUUUGUACAUGUCCUGAAGGAUUUACUGGAGAUCCGUUUACUAGUUGUAAUGUGCAGCCGGUUAGCCAACCUAACGAGCCGCUAGACAAAUGUAAUCCGUCACCAUGUGGAACUAACGCUGAGUGCAAUGACGGCCAGUGCACAUGUCUGCCUGAAUUCCAAGGAAAUCCUUACACUGGAUGUCGACCUGAGUGUGUACUUAAUUCAGACUGUCCACGAGACCGCGCGUGCUGGAGAAAUAAAUGUCGGGACCCUUGUCCAGGAGCUUGUGCUACCAAUGCUAACUGCGCUGUCAUAAAUCACGUGCCAAUGUGCAGCUGCCCUCAGGGAAUGACUGGUAAUGCAUUUAGUCAGUGUCUGCCAAUCCAGGCUUCAGUGCCGACUAAUCCUUGUAGUCCAUCGCCUUGUGGAGCCAAUAGUGAGUGUAGAGUCAUCAAUGGCCAGGCAGUUUGCUCAUGUAUUCGUGGAUACUUAGGAAGUCCGCCAACAUGUAGGCCUGAGUGUAUCGUUAGCACGGAUUGCCCACCUAAUGAAGCCUGCUUUAACCAAAAGUGUCGCGAUCCAUGUCAAGGUACUUGUGGAGUUGGAGCAACAUGUCAAGUUAUCAACCACAAUCCAAUAUGCAGCUGUCUGCCAAGGUUUUCUGGAGAUCCGUUCAUCAGAUGUACUCCAGUCCAAGAAGAUACUCCAGUAACUCAGAAUCCAUGUCAACCGUCUCCGUGUGGACCUAAUGCACAGUGCCAAGUGGUUAACAAUUCUCCAUCAUGUUCAUGUCUCGCAGAAUUUACUGGUUCGCCACCAAACUGUCGACCUGAGUGUGUAAGCAACAGCGAGUGUCCAUCAAACUUGGCUUGUAUCAAUCAGAAAUGUAAAGACCCUUGCAUUGGAUCUUGUGGAGCUAGCGCAGAUUGUCAUGUCGUUAGUCACACACCGAUGUGCGUCUGCAUGACAGGAUUCACUGGUGAUCCAUUCACUCAGUGUCUUUUACAACAAACCCCACCAUCAGCAGUACCAGAAAGUCCUUGUACUCCAUCACCGUGUGGACCUAAUGCAGUUUGCAAAGAGCAAAACGGCGCUGGAUCUUGUUCAUGUUUGCCAGAGUACACAGGAAAUCCUUACGAAGGCUGCAGACCUGAGUGUCUCGUAAAUUCAGACUGCGCAUCGAACAUGGCUUGCAUCAGAUCCAAGUGUCGGGAUCCUUGUCCAGGUACUUGUGGUAUGAAUGCCGAGUGCCGAGUGAUGUAUCAUCUGCCGCAGUGUUCCUGCUUCCAAGGAUACACUGGCGAUCCAUUUAGCUACUGCAACGUCCUCCAGGACGAGCAGCCAAGCACCAAGGACCCUUGCAGUCCAUCUCCUUGUGGACCUAACAGUCAAUGCCGAGUAAUUAAUAGUCAGCCGGUGUGCACUUGCUUACCUGAAUACAUCGGCAGUCCACCUGGAUGUCGACCUGAGUGUACAGGAAGUUCAGAGUGUCCAACAAAUCGCGCUUGUGUCAACAGAAAGUGCGCAGAUCCUUGCCCAGGUACUUGUGGAUUCAACACAAGAUGUGAGACCAUCAAUCACAGUCCGAUUUGCUCAUGUCAAGCUGGAUAUACCGGAGAUCCUUUCGUAAAUUGUUUCGAAAUGAUGACACCUAUUCCUAUGCCAAACCAGCCGACGUACGUCAAUCCUUGUGUGCCUUCACCAUGUGGACCUAAUUCAGAGUGCCGUGACAUCAAUGGCCAGGCCUCGUGCGCUUGUCUCUCCGGAUUCAAUGGAUCUCCACCAAACUGCCGACCCGAGUGUGUAAUAAAUCCAGACUGCUCAAGUAAUCAAGCUUGUCUGCAAUCUAAAUGCCGUGAUCCAUGUCCAGGAUCUUGUGGAGUCGGCGCGACGUGUUCGGUAGUUAAUCAUACACCAAUUUGUACUUGUCCUGAAGGGUUCACUGGUGAUCCAUUUACUCGUUGCUCACCAAGACUUCAGACACCACCAGAACAAAAGCCGUCGCCUUGCAGUCGAUGUGGAUCCAAUACUCAGUGCAUCAAUGAUCAGUGUGUGUGCUUACCUGAAUUCCGCGGCGAUCCUUACGCAGGCUGUAGACCAGAAUGUGUUUUGAAUCCAGACUGUCCGAGAGACAGAGCUUGCAUCAGAAAUAAGUGUCGGGAUCCUUGUGCUGGAACUUGCGGACAGAAUGCGCUCUGCAGUGUUGUAAAUCACGUUCCAGUCUGCACAUGUCCUUCAGGAAUGGCAGGUAAUGCUUUCGUAAGCUGCUCACCUGUACAAACGCCUCAAGAAACUGAUCCAUGCAACCCAUCGCCUUGCGGAUCCAACAGUCAGUGUCGUAAGAUAAACAACCAGGCGGUUUGUUCUUGUAUACCUGGAUACCUAGGUGCGCCACCAAAUUGUCGUCCAGAGUGUGUCAUCAGUUCGGACUGCGCUGCAAACAUGGCUUGCAGUAAUCAAAAGUGUAUAGAUCCAUGCCCAGGUACUUGCGGCAUUCGUGCGCAGUGUAACGUCGUAAAUCAUAAUCCAAUAUGUAGUUGUCUUGCUGAUUUAACUGGAGAUCCAUUCGUAAUGUGUACGCCGAUUCCUCAAGAACCAGAAGUACCCAAGAAUCCAUGCCAGCCAUCACCAUGUGGUCCUAAUGCUUUUUGUCAAGUGAUCAACAACUCACCCUCGUGCUCUUGUCUGCCAGAAUUCACUGGCAUUCCACCGAACUGUAGACCAGAGUGCGUAAGUAACAGCGAGUGUUCAACCAACUUGGCCUGUAUUAAUCAGAAAUGUCGGGACCCAUGCCCUGGAUCUUGUGGAGCCAACGCAGAAUGUCGUGUCAUCAGUCAUACACCUAUGUGUGUCUGCAUGCCAGGAUUUACUGGUGAUCCAUUCACUCAGUGUUCAAUAAAGCAAAUGGAUCCGCUACCUGGAGUCCAAGCAACGCCGUGUGUUCCUUCGCCAUGUGGCAGCAACGCCGUCUGUCGAGAACAAAAUGGAGCAGGUGCUUGCUCUUGUCAACAAGAUUAUAUUGGCAAUCCUUAUGAAGGCUGCAGACCUGAGUGUACCGUCAACUCAGAUUGUACAUCAGACCGUGCAUGUAUUAGAUCAAAAUGUCAGAAUCCAUGUCCAGGAACUUGUGGACAGAAUGCCAUUUGCCAGGUAGUCGACCAUCGGCCGUCUUGUACAUGCCAGACAGGUUAUAGUGGAGAUCCAUUCAGAUUCUGCAGCGUUGUGCAAGACCCACCAACUCCAGAUGUCACUAGACCGUGUGAUCCAUCUCCAUGCGGACCUAACAGUCAAUGUCGUGAAAAUAACGGCCAGGCAAUCUGUUCAUGCUCUCCGACGUUCGUCGGGACGCCGCCUUACUGUCGUCCCGAGUGCUCAGUCAGCUCAGAGUGUCCUCUAAACCGCGCAUGUAUCAACAAUAAGUGCGUGGACCCAUGUCCUGGAAUAUGCGGUGUCAAUGCCAAAUGUAAUGUCAUCAAUCACAGUCCAUUCUGUAGCUGUAAUGCCGGACUAACUGGAGACCCAUUUGUAAAAUGUUUCGACGCACCAGUUGCUCCUGAAAGCAAACCAUCAACUAAUCCAUGUCUUCCAUCACCCUGUGGGCCUUUUUCAAUGUGCCGCGAUGUCGGAGGCAUUCCGUCAUGUUCUUGCGAAGCUUCUUACGUCGGCUCGCCACCAAACUGUCGACCAGAGUGUACCAUCAACUCAGAAUGUGUCAGCAAUCUCGCUUGUCUUCGCUUCAAGUGCCGAGAUCCAUGCCCAGGUUCAUGUGGAAUAGACGCUCAGUGCAGCGUAAUAAACCAUACGCCAAUUUGCACAUGUCCUGAAGGAUUCACAGGUGACCCAUUCACCAGUUGUACAUUCAAACAACCUGUUCAAGACGUCGUACCAGCAAAUCCAUGUGAUCCUUCUCCUUGCGGAGCAAACACUCAAUGCCGCGACGGUAUCUGUACAUGUCUACCAGAAUAUCACGGAGACCCUUACUACGGAUGUCGACCAGAGUGCGUCCAGAAUCCAGAUUGUCCAUCAAACAAAGCAUGUAUCCGUAAUAAGUGCGCUGAUCCAUGUCCAGGAGUCUGCGGUGCUAACGCUGAAUGCAACGUAGUCCAGCACAUUCCGAUGUGCAGUUGUCCUGCUGGAACAACUGGAAAUGCGUUCGCUAACUGCAUCACUGCCAUCGAGCCAACAGUGACCAAUCCAUGUGAUCCGUCACCUUGUGGUCCUAAUAGUCGUUGCCAGCAGACAAAUGGCCAAGCCGUAUGUUCCUGUGUUCUAGGAUUCAUUGGUCAUCCACCAGCAUGUAGACCAGAGUGUGUCAGCAACAGCGAGUGUCCUCUGAACGAAGCCUGUGUAAAUCAAAAAUGUCUUGACCCCUGUCCUGGAUCUUGUGGAGUGUCAGCGCGUUGUCAAGUAGUCAAUCAUAAUCCUAUAUGCAGUUGUCCUUCUUCUUUCACUGGAGAUCCAUUCAUCAGAUGUACUCCCGUGCAAGAAAGACCUGCAGAUACGCAAAAUCCUUGCCAACCGUCUCCAUGCGGAGCUAAUGCUCAGUGUCAAGUUAUCAAUGAUUCGCCUUCUUGCUCAUGCUUGCCAGAAUAUCUUGGAUCGCCUCCAAACUGUCGUCCAGAGUGUGCCAGCAAUGGAGAAUGUCCUAGUCAUCAAGCUUGUAUCAACAGGAAAUGCCAAGACCCCUGUCGCGGAUCAUGUGGGCAGAAUGCCGAAUGCUUUGUUAUCAAUCAUACACCAACUUGCAGCUGUAUGAAUGGAUUUACUGGUGAUCCGUUUGUUCAAUGUGCCACGAUCCCGCCUCAGCAGCCAGAAUCAUCACGUCAGCCUUGUGUGCCAUCACCCUGCGGUUCGAAUGCCAUCUGUCGGGAACAAAACGGUGCCGGAUCUUGCAGCUGUAUGCAAGAUUACAUUGGAAACCCUUACCAAGGAUGUAGACCCGAGUGUACUGUCAACACGGACUGCCCAGCAAACUUAGCAUGCAUAAGAUCUAAAUGUCAAGAUCCAUGUCCAGGAACAUGUGGACAGAAUGCCAAUUGUCAAGUAGUCUCGCAUUUGCCUUCUUGUACAUGUAACCCAGGGUAUACUGGCAAUCCGUUCAGCUGGUGUAACCAGUUCCAGCCAGAAAAAGAUCCUGUUGUUAAUGAUGAUCCGUGCAGUCCUUCACCUUGUGGACCAAACAGUCGUUGCCAGGUCAACAAUGGCCAAGCAAUCUGUUCAUGUGAAGCUCAAUUCAUUGGAAGCCCACCAAACUGCCGUCCUGAGUGUACGAUAAGCUCUGAGUGUGCAGCUAGUCUCGCUUGUGUAAAUCAAAAGUGCAAAGAUCCUUGUCCUGGUACCUGUGGUGCCAAUGCUCAAUGUAGAGUAAUUAAUCAUAGUCCAAUAUGUAGUUGUAAAACUGGAACAACUGGAGAUCCCUUCGUCCAGUGUUUCGCUGUUAUUGUCCCAGAUUUCCAGCCAACAGAUCCAUGCAAUCCGUCACCUUGUGGACCCAAUUCAGUGUGUCGAGCUAUUGGUGACACUCCAUCGUGUGCAUGUGUCAAUAAUUACAUAGGCUCGCCUCCAAACUGCCGACCAGAGUGUACUAUCAACCCGGACUGUACCAGCGACAAAGCCUGCAUGAGAGAAAAGUGCCGAGAUCCUUGUCCAGGAUCAUGUGGACUCUACGCCCAGUGCAAUGUCGUCAAUCACACACCAGUUUGCACAUGUCCUGAAGGAUUCACUGGAGAUCCAUUCACCAGAUGUUCUCCAGCUCCGCCACCAGUUCCUGCAGUUCCUGAAGAUCCUUGCAAUCCAUCGCCGUGUGGUCCCAACGCUCAGUGUCGCAACGGACAGUGCUCAUGUCUUCCCGAGUACCAGGGAGACCCUUACGUUGGCUGUAGACCCGAGUGUGUUGUCAACGAAGACUGUUCUCGUACUCAAGCCUGCAUCAAUCAGAAAUGCCGCGACCCUUGUUCAGGCGUUUGUGGAAUGAACGCUGAGUGUAAUGUAGUAAACCACUUGCCUAUGUGUAGCUGUCCAGUUGGUAUGUCAGGCAAUGCCUUCAUUCAGUGUUCAGUAGUCCAAGACUCGCCGGUUCAAGAUCCAUGCAACCCAUCGCCUUGUGGAUCCAACAGUCACUGCCAGACUGUCAACAGUCUAGCGGUAUGCAGUUGCGUCCCAGGUUUCCUUGGAACACCACCUUCAUGCAGACCCGAGUGCGUUGUCAGCGCAGAUUGUCCACGCAAUCGCGCGUGUAAUAAUCAAAAGUGCAUAGAUCCUUGUCCAGGUACUUGUGGACUCAGCGCCGAGUGUCUCGUUAUAAAUCACAAUCCCGUGUGCAGUUGUCCUGCUGGAUUCACUGGAGAUCCAUUCGUCCGCUGCUCACAGACACCUAAAGAUCCAGAACCUACGAUAGAUCCCUGUCAGCCAUCACCUUGUGGACCUAACUCUCAAUGUCGCGUCAUCAACAACAGUCCCUCGUGUUCCUGCAGUCAAGAAUUCAUCGGCAGUCCACCGAAUUGCAGGCCCGAGUGUGUCAGCAAUAGCGAGUGUUCUUCCCACCUCGCGUGUAUAAAUCAAAAGUGUCGCGACCCGUGCCCAGGCUCCUGUGGAUCCAACACUAAUUGCGCUACAGUCAGUCACACUCCCAUGUGUUCAUGUGUCUCAGGAUUCACUGGAGAUCCAUUUUCUCAAUGUAAUCUUAUGCCUGCAACUCCCUCGCCUCAGCCUCAGCAAAAUCCCUGUGUGCCAUCACCCUGCGGUGCUAAUGCAAUUUGCCGCGAAACUUACAAUACAGCAUCCUGUUCCUGUGCCCCAGACUUCUUUGGAAAUCCCUACGAAGGCUGUAGACCCGAGUGCGUUGUUGACAGCGACUGUUCUGCAGAUCGUGCUUGCGUCAGAUCUAAAUGUACAAACCCGUGUCCUGGUACUUGUGGCCAGAACGCCAUGUGCCAGGUUGUAAAUCACUUACCAACUUGUUCAUGUCUAACUGGAUACACUGGAGAUCCCUUCCAGUACUGCCGACCCGCUGAGCAAAUUCCAACAGAAGUAACCGAUCCAUGCAAUCCCUCACCUUGUGGACCCAACAGUCAGUGCCGAACUCUUAACAAUCGUGCUAGUUGCUCAUGCCUGCCCAAUUACAUCGGCAAUCCACCUGGAUGUCGACCCGAGUGCAUAUCCAGUACCGAAUGCUCCACAUCUCUCGCGUGCAUCAACCAAAAAUGCUCUGACCCCUGCCCAGGUGUCUGCGGCGUUGACGCCAGAUGUGAAACAAGAAACCAUAGUCCUAUUUGCAGCUGUAGACCUGGACAAACUGGAGAUCCUUUCGUUAAAUGCUUUGAUAUGCCACAACCCGACGAAUCAAUUAAACCAGCAAGCCCAUGUGUUCCGUCACCCUGCGGUCCUUUCUCAAUGUGCCAAGACAAUGGAGGCUACCCAGCGUGCUCAUGUCUCCAGAACUACGUCGGUUUCCCACCAAACUGUCGACCAGAGUGUUCAAUAAAUACCGAUUGUAACCGUGACCAAGCAUGUAUCAGAGAAAAGUGUCAAGAUCCUUGUCCAGGGUCUUGUGGUACUCGAGCCCAGUGUAAUGUCGUUAAUCAUACUCCAGUGUGUACCUGCCCUGCAGGAUAUACUGGAGAUCCAUUCACUUCCUGUACCUUACAAAUUUUACCACCUGAACCCUCGGCACCUAAUGACCCAUGUGACCCUUCACCCUGCGGACCAAACACCCGAUGCCGUGACGGUAUCUGUACAUGUCUAUCAGAGUAUCACGGAGAUCCUUAUUUCGGUUGUCGACCUGAAUGUGUACAGAACUCAGAUUGUCUCUUCAACAAGGCUUGCAGUAACAAUAAAUGUGUUGACCCCUGCCCUGGAAUAUGUGGUCGCAAUGCCGAGUGCAAUGUCGUCAAUCAUAUUCCUAUGUGCAGUUGUAUUGCUAAUUAUGAAGGCGAUCCUUUCACUCUUUGUCAACCUGUCCAACGGCCAACUGGUAAUCCAUGUGAACCUUCACCAUGCGGACCAAAUAGCGUAUGCAAGAGCUUUGGAGAGCAGGCUUCGUGCUCAUGUCUCCCAGGGUUCUUUGGCAACCCACCGAGCUGUCGGCCCGAGUGUAUCGUAAGCUCUGACUGUGAGCAAAGUCGCGCAUGCAUCAACCAGCGGUGCCAAGACCCUUGUCCUGGAUCCUGUGGACAAAAUGCCCUCUGUGCUGUCAGAAAUCACAAUCCUAUAUGCAGUUGUCCGCAGAGAUACUCCGGUGAUCCGUUUGCUUACUGUUCUCCUAUGAAAGAACCCGAUGAACCAGUUACCAACCCAUGCAGCCCCUCGCCCUGUGGAUCCAACGCCCAGUGUACUGUUUCCAACAAUUCGCCCUCUUGCAGUUGCUUACCAAAUUUCGUUGGUUCACCACCCAACUGUCGACCAGAGUGUCGGGUCAACAGUGAAUGCCCUACCCAGUUAGCCUGCAUCAACCAGAGAUGCAGAGACCCUUGUCCUGGUUCUUGUGGCAUCAAUGCCCUUUGCCAGGUCACAAGACAUCAACCCUCGUGCUCUUGCCAACAGGGAUUCACUGGUGAUCCCUUCACUCUUUGCUCAUUUAUUACCAAUAAACCAGAGCCGUCAGUACCACAAAGACCAUGCAGUCCAUCGCCAUGUGGAGCCAACGCGUACUGUCGCGAACGUUACAACACUGCGGUCUGCGAAUGCUGGCCAGACUACCGAGGAAAUCCAUAUGAAGCUUGUCAUCCAGAGUGUCUAGUAAACACAGACUGUCCGAAUGCUCUAGCAUGUAUACGGACCAAGUGUCAAGACCCUUGUCCAGGUACUUGCGGUAUUGGAGCAACUUGCACAGUUUCUAAUCACGUGCCAGUCUGUUCGUGUCCUCACCCAACAGUUGGCGAUGCUUUUACACUUUGUCAAACUCCACCGACGAACAAAGUCUCGGAUCCAUGCAACCCCUCGCCUUGUGGACCCAACACAGUCUGCGAGAACGUUGGGCAACGGGUGGUAUGCAAGUGUCUGCCGGGAUUACAAGGAGAGCCUUCGAGUCUAGCUGGAUGUCAUCCAGAGUGUGUAUUGAGUUCAGAUUGUGCUGGUGACAAGGCUUGUGAGAACAACAGAUGCGUCGAUCCAUGCGCUCGUGGAGUCUGCGGAGCUGGUGCUGUUUGUCGUGCCAUCAACCAUAGUCCAGUUUGCAGUUGUCCUGUUCCGCUGAUGGGCAAUCCGUUUGUCGAGUGUUACGCCAAGAAAGAAGCGGAUCCUUGUAACCCGUCACCUUGUAACAUAAACGGAGAAUGCCGCGUACGUAAUAACGUCGCGUUCUGCGUCUACCCAGAGUGUCUUAUCAACUCAGAUUGUCCACGAGACCGCGCUUGCUUCUCGCAGAGGUGUCGCGAUCCUUGCGUUGGUGUCUGUGGGGUUAACUCAGUUUGUCAGACCAUCAAUCACAAUCCAAUUUGCUCAUGUCCAGCUGGAUUUACUGGUGACCCACAGAUUCAGUGCAAGAUCACAGCGCUAGAGAUACCAAGACCUGAAUGCACGAGGAACUCGGAAUGUACCAACGACAAAACUUGCUGGGAACAGAAAUGCGUUGAUCCUUGUAUUCUAGGAUCGUGUGGAUACAACAGUAGAUGUCAAGUGCUGCUUCAUCGUGCCGUCUGUGUCUGCAAUGAAGGAACUACCGGCAAUCCUCAACAAUUCUGCAGAGAAAUCGGCUGUCGCAGUGAUCAUGACUGCCCUGUAAGUCAAUCGUGCAUCAAUGAGCAGUGUACUGACACUUGUUCACUGAUGCAGUGCGGCAUCAAUGCAAUUUGUCAAUCAGACGGCUACCGCAAGCCUCAGUGUGUCUGCCGCGAUGGGUAUCAAGGAGAUCCAAACCGACGUUGCGAACGUACUGAGUGUGUUAGAGACACAGACUGCCCAUCAUUCUUAGCUUGCAAUAACAACAAGUGUACUGACCCAUGUGCUGGACACUGUCCAGCAACUGCGCAAUGUCAAGUUGCAGAUCAUCGAGCAUUUUGUCGCUGCCCACCAGGAUUCAUUGGUGAUGCUUACAAAAAUUGUUUCAAAGAACCAGAAGCGCUGCCAGAAUGUACCGUUGACGCAGACUGCCCAAGUAAAUUGGCUUGCUUCAGUGGAACUUGUAAAGAUCCUUGCAGAGAAUCACAACCUUGUGUCACCAAUGCUAAAUGUACUGUCGUAGACACUCUGCCAGUAAGAACAAUGAUCUGCGAAUGCGCGCCAAAUUACAUCGGGGAUGCUACGGUAGCAUGUGCGCCAGUAGCUCAGCAAGUAGAAGAAAUCUGUCGGUCAAACGGAGAAUGUCAAUUGAAUAUGGCUUGUCUGAACAGCCGAUGUGUUAACCCAUGUACCAUCAAUCCUUGUUCAAGUACUGCUGAGUGCCGUGUCGAUAACCAUCAGCACACGUGCGUAUGUCCUGCAGGAACAACUGGAGAUCCAUUUGUAGGCUGUCACAGUCACACGAUAACACUUCCCGAGUGCACGAGCAACUCUGACUGUUCAUACAACCUAGCCUGCAUAAAUCAACGCUGCCAGAAUCCUUGUUCUGGUGACAGAUGUGGAUUGAAUGCGGACUGCAUCACAAUAGGACACCAUCCAACCUGUCAUUGUCCUCAAGGCUACGCUGGAGAUCCACAAAACCAGUGUUUCAAACCCGAGUGCCAAGUGGACAAUGACUGUCCCUACGACAAGACAUGUAGGAAAGGAUACUGUACUAAUCCGUGUGUAGGUGACGUGAUGUGCGGCCGUGGAGCUGAAUGUACAGUUUCUAGCCAUCGAGCUCACUGCACUUGUCCUCAAGGAACUCAAGGAGACUCCCGAGUCGCCUGUAUAUCAGCGAUAUGUCACUACAAUGAAGAUUGUCCAGAUGAUCAGGCUUGUGAUAGACUAAACCGAGUUUGUAGACCAGCUUGUGAUGAUGAAAGCUGCGCGGAAACAGCGACCUGCAUCGCCAGGAACCAUCAGCCCAAGUGUGUCUGUGGACCUGGUACCACCGGAAAUCCAUAUGUUGAAUGUCUUGGCAUCCCAGAUGUCCAAGAAGAGUGUCGAGCUGACUCUGAGUGUCCACCACUACUCGCCUGCAUCAACGCACGCUGUCAAGAUCCCUGCGUACUCUCGGACAUGUGUACACCUGAGCAGCAGUGCCGUGUGCUCAACACAGCUCCUCUGCGCACAAUGAUCUGCGUUUGUCCACCAGAUACUUUCACUGAUGCGAACGGCAAGUGUCAGAAGAUUGUCUGGGCUGAUGUCCAGUGUCAUUCUGACGACGAAUGCGACAAUCAUGAGACUUGUUUCAACGGAAACUGUGUGGAAGCUUGCUUGACUAUUCGCUGCGGUAUAAAUGCUCAGUGCAAGUCAACAUCUCACAGCGGAGUGUGUGUCUGCGCUGCAGAUUUCACUGGCAAUCCUUACAUCGAGUGUUCAGCGACACCACGGAACCCUCUGCCUCCACCAUUACCUGAAUGCUACAGCAACAGCGAGUGUGCUAAUGACAGACAGUGUAUAAAUCUCAAGUGUGUAAAUCCUUGCGCGGCUGGUGAUCCCUGUGGUAGAAAUUCACUCUGUCAUGUAGAUGAUCACAAUCCGAUUUGCAAGUGUCCAAUUAAUUACAUGGGCGAUCCAAGAAUCGAGUGCAUACCACCAGCAGUGAUUUUGGGAUGUCUUUCUAACGGAGAAUGCGCUGGUACUGAAGCCUGCGUCAACGGAAGGUGCAUUAAUCCUUGCAACUGUGGACCAAACUCUAACUGUGUCGUUGCUAAUCACUAUCCAUCUUGCGUCUGUCAUCCAGGAUACUCUGGUAAUCCUCAGCUAGGUUGUACCAAGCUGGAGUGCGAGACAACUCAAGACUGUCCUUACGAAGAGGCCUGUCAUACUGGACGAUGUGUGAACCCUUGUCUGCUGGAGAACGAGUGCGUUAUCAACGCAGAAUGCUACGGAAAGAAUCAUCGCAGUGCUUGCCGUUGCGGUCCAGGUUACUUUGGAAACCCGGAAGUACUUUGUGAGCGUGCUGAGUGCACUAGUGACUACGAGUGUCCUCAGAAUCUUGUCUGCGAGAAUAAACGAUGCGUGGAUCCUUGUGUGGAUCGUUCACCGUGCGCGUCGAAUGCCAUCUGCUUUGUCAGGAGUCAUACGCCUUCAUGUAGAUGUCCGGAGAGCUUGCCAGUCGGUGAUCCAUUUUCGUACUGCGAGAGACGUCCACCAAUUGCUGCUGAAGAACCAGAGUGUCGUAAAGACGUUGACUGUCCAAGCAGACUUGCUUGCAUAAAAGAAACUUGCGUUGAUCCUUGUCAUGUAAUUCGUCCUUGCCUAGAAAACGCACGAUGCGGAGUUCUGGACACUGUACCAGUAAGAACAAUGGUAUGUACAUGUCCAGACGGAUGGGUAACUGAUCCAGAUGGAGUUUGCCGGCAAAUACCAAUCACAUUAGUCGGCGCUUGUACAUCUGACUCCGAGUGUGCUGAUCAAGAAGCUUGCGUCAAUCGGCGAUGUCGCGAUCCCUGUAACUGCGGUCGCAAUGCCAACUGCUUCGUGCGUAACCACAAGCCCAUAUGCUCGUGUGAGCAAGGAUAUCAGGGUAAUCCAGAGGUCGCUUGUUACUCGGCCGAGUGUCAAGCUGACUCAGAGUGUAUGCCAGAUAAGACUUGCAUCAACAACAACUGCGUAAACCCAUGUUUGUUCUCUUCAGACAAAUGUGGAGUAAACGCCGAAUGCUUCCCGAGCAAUCACGCGGCCGAGUGUCGUUGCCGCGACGGCUACGUAGGAAACCCACGAGACAAGUGUCACGUUAUCGGAUGCUACAGCAACGGAGACUGUCCAAGUGACCUUUCUUGCGUUAAUAAACAGUGUACUAAUCCAUGUCUUCAUGAUAAUCCUUGUUCUGCACGCGCUGAGUGUCAUGUUCGCGGACAUUUGCCUACUUGUAGAUGUCCAACCGGCUAUGAAGGCAAUCCUCUGGUUGAUUGUCGUCUUGCGAUUGAACCAGAGUGCCGAGUAGACGGAGAUUGUCCAUCAUUAUCUGCAUGCUUCAAUCAAAAGUGCCAGAACCCGUGUACUGUAAUCGAGCCAUGUCUGAGACCAUCUGAGUGCCGGGUACUACCAACUUUACCCGUCAGGACGAUGGUUUGUGUAUGUCCACCAGGAUACAUCAGCAGUGGAAGUGGUACCUGUCAACCCACAGCACCAAUCAUCCAAAUCGGCUGCACAAGUGACAGCGAUUGUGCUUCCGACAAAUCUUGUGUCAAUGGUAUCUGCAGAGAUCCAUGCGCUUGUGGAAGUAAUGCGGUCUGUAAUGUCAUCAACCAUAAACCAAUUUGCUCUUGUGUGACUGGCUAUGAUGGAAAUCCUGAGAUCGAUUGUACUCCAGUCACUGGGUGCAGAUCUGAUAGUCAAUGCAGUGAAACUCACACGUGCGUUCAAAAUACCUGCGUCCCAGCUUGCUCACCACUACUAUCAGCUUGUGCUAAGGGAGCAGAGUGCUACGGCAUUGAUCAUCAAGCCGUCUGUGAGUGUCCCCCAGGCUACGUUGGUAACCCGCGAGUCUCCUGUAGCCUCCUUGGGUGCCGUACCAACUCAGACUGUCCCACCAACAAGGCCUGCAUCAAUAAUCGUUGCGAAAAUCCUUGCACCAAGAACCCGUGCACUGGACAAACAGAAUGCAGCGUCUACAAUCACGCGGUCGAGUGCUCAUGUCCACCUGGUUACGUUGGUAACGUCAGAGAAGGUUGCGAAAAGACUCCUGGAACUUGUAAACAAGACUACGAGUGUCCUGCUCAGACUGCUUGCUUCGACGGCGAGUGUAUCAAUCCAUGUACCAAAAUAGAACCUUGUGGAGUAAACGCCGAGUGCAAUGUCUUAGAUACUAAGCCUGUAAGAACAAUGAUUUGCGAAUGUAUUCCUGGUUAUCGAGGCAAUGCAGUAAUUCGCUGUGACAAGACUCGCGUCUGCGCUGUAGAAAAAGGCCAAAUAAAAGACCAAAAUGGCAACUGUGUCUGUCCACCAGGCACAGCUAAAAAUGUCCAAGACAUCUGCGUUCCUUGUCUUCCAGAAAACGGAUUUAAGAUCACUCCAGACGGAAGAUGCGAGUGUGCACUAGAACGUGGCUUCAUUGUCGACGAUCAUGGCAACUGCGUCUGCUCAACUGAGCACGGAUGGAAAUUAGACCACGAAGGAAAUUGUAAAUUAGUUUCCAUUAUCGAGUGCGCUGAAGAUGACGACUGCGCUGAUGAUAAAUACUGUAGGAAAUCAACUAAAACAUGCGAAGAUCCAUGCCAGCCUUACAAUUGUACUCAGAAUGCUUCGUGCACCGCGACGAGACAUCGCGGAAUAUGCAACUGCAUCAAAGGCUACACUGGCAAUGGGUACACCCACUGCGAGCCUCUCAAACCCAUGGUAGGUCGGACAGACUUCCCGCGACCUGAAAUGGAAGCCAGCUGUUUGUCUGACGGUGUCCAGGUCCAGAUUCACGUUCAAGAUGAAGGAUUCGAGGGUGUACUGUACGUCAGAGGACGCAGUAAAGACGAACAGUGUCGAAGAAUUUUGUCUAUUCCCGCUGACAAGAGCGACAGAACCGAGACCUUCAAAGUAAACUUCGGCAGCUGCGGUUUGAUUCACGUAAAUGGCGAAGCUAGCUUCGUUCUUGUCAUACAGAAACAUCCUAAACUGGUAACUUACAAAGCUCAGGCCUACCACGUCAGGUGCAUGUAUCAGACGGGCGAGCAGAAUGUCACGUUGGGAUUCAAUGUCUCGAUGCUGACCACUGCUGGUACCAUUGCCAACACCGGUCCUCCGCCCACGUGUCUUAUGAAAAUUGUCACGCAGACUGGCAGCGAAAUUCAGUCUGCAGAAAUCGGUGACAAUCUGAUGCUGUCUGUUGAAGUACAGCCCUCGUCAAUUUACGGCGGGUUUGCGAGAAAUUGUGUCGCGAAGACGAUGGAAGACAAUCAGGAAAAUGAGUAUAUUGUUACUGAUGAAAACGGUUGCGCUACUGAUCCAACUAUAUUCGGAGAAUGGGAACAAGAUCAUGAGACUCAGACUUUGACGGCUACUUUCAAUGCUUUCAAAUUUCCGAGCAGCGAUAACAUCAGGUUCCAAUGUAAUAUUAGAGUCUGCUUCGGUAGAUGUCAACCCGUAAAUUGUCGAGGCUACAAUGCAUUUGGACGUAAACGUCGAGAUGUCGGUAAUGAUUAUAACGACACAUCUCUAUCAGUUACUGAAGGAUUUGAUGGUCAACUCAGGGAAGAGAUUACAAUACAAUCAAAUUUGAUACGUACACUUGAAAGACGAGAGGAAAGAUAUACUGCUGAUCCUGCUGAAUCUCCAGCAGCGCAGCGAGCUGAAGAUAUUUGCGUAUCAAUGGUCGGUUUCAUAAUAGCACUGGUGAUAACAGCGCUGCUUGCUCUAGUAGCCGUCGCCAUAGCCGUAUCCUGCUGGCUCAUGGCCUACAGACGUCAGCCAAAGACUGCCGGACCACUGCCACACCCUCCAGAGUUUCCAAACCCUCUUUUCACAACUGAAUCUGUUGCUGAACCUUCACCCGACUAUCACCUCUCAUAAUUCGCUAGUAUUUAAAAAAAAAGAAAA